GGGGAGGGGGGCGUGGCGGCUGUUGCCGUGGCGACGGCGGGAGAGCGGGCUUGUCCCCGGAUGUUGCCUGGUUUCGGCUGGGCCGGCUCCCAAGAUGGCGGCGGCGGCGCGGCGAGGGGAGCCCUGAGAGGAAGCGGGAGGCGGAGGAGGAGGAGGAGGAAGGGACGAAGGGAGGCCGCAGCGCGGACCCGAGAGCGAGCGAGAAGGCAGGCGGCGGGGACGGGGCGCGGAAUUGGAAGCGGGUGAGGCGGGGAGAGUGUUCUCGGGGGUGGCCCACUCUGCGGGGUUGUUGGCGGGCAGCCCGAGGGGCUGGCGGGGUUCAUUUAUCGAUAUUCCCGCUCUUCAUAUCCCCCCUCUUCUCCCCCCCCCCCCACACCGGGACGGGGUUCAAAUCCUCCUCUCCGUUUUUAACCUCGCCACCUCCCUGCGAGGUAGGCCAGGGAGGGAGGGAGGGGGCGUGAGGAACGGACAGGAUUUGAACCCUGGUCUCUCCCCCCACCCCCAGGUUUUAGCUACGCCAUGCACCCUGUGUAGGUAAAGGACAGGUAAGCGGUGGCCUCCCCCCCCCCCCAAGGUCAAAAACACUGCCCCCCCCCGGUGAGCUUCAUGGCUGGGUGGGGAUUUGAACCCUGGUCUCUCCCAGGUCUUCGCUGAGCCAUGCGCCAGGUAAAGGACAGGUAUGGUAAAGGACAGGUAAGAAAUGCAGUCAUAAUAGUAGCAGCCAUUCACAUCCCAUCCUCUGCUCCAAGGAGCUCAAGUUGCCCCCCCCCAUUUUAUCCUCGCAAUAACCCUCCGAGGUAGAAUGGGAGGAGGGUAAGCUGUGGCCCCCUAAGGUCACCCCCCCCCUGAGCUUCAUGGCUGGGUGGGGAUUUGAACCGUGGUCUCUCCCAGGUCUUACCUGAGCCAUGUACCAGGUGUAGGUAAAGGACAGGUAAGAAAUGCAGUCAUAAUAGUAGCAGCCAUUCACAUCGCACCCUCUGCUCCAAGGAGCUCAAGUUGCCCCCCCCCCCAUUUUGUCCUCGCAAUAACCCUCCGAGGUAGGAUGGGAGGAGGGUAAGCUGAUCGCCCCCCUCCCAGGUCACCCCCCCUUGGUGAGCUUCAUGGCUGGGGGGCGGGAUUUGAACCCUGGUCUCUCCCAGGUCUGACGCUCUAACCACUAAACCAGCACUGGUUCUUUCUGGGGCGUGGAAGGCCAGCGGGAUUUGAGGGGUACAAAGGGGCUGGGGUGGGAUUUGCGGUAGGGGGAUUUGUGAGAAGCAGCAGAAUGUGUGUGUUGGGUGAAGAUUGCUGGGUUGGAAAUUGGGGGGGGUUGUCCUUGGAGAAAGGGGGUGCGAUGGGGGAUCCUGGGGGGGGGGGAUGGGGACGAGGGGAGGGUUCUACUGACUCGUUUGUGGCAUUCGUUAGCUGCCUUUUCCAGCUGAAGCUGAAUGCUAAGCCCAUGUUUAUAAAAUGCUAUGGGAAAGAAGGAACUGCAGCGAAGCCAUUUCGUCAUCAAUAUGUAUUGGGGGUGCGGGGGGGGCACCACCACCUGGGAGAACCAGGAGGCAAGGCCCCAGGGGCCAUCCUAAAAAAAUAGAAGAAGACAUUGUCUUGAUGACAGGCCUGCAGUGAAGGGGCCACACACCCACCUGCGAGUGUGGAAAGGUGUUGUCUAGGCGCAGUCCUGCAGCUAAGAAGUCCUUGCCCCAUGCCAUCCCAACCUCUGGCAAUCUCGGCUGAGGACCUUAACACAUGAGCUGCUCCCUAUAGGGAAAGGGGUCUCUAUUUUUUUAUUUUCAAUACCAUCCUUCAUCUGAGGGGUCACAGGGUGGUUUACAAUAUAAAAAACACAAAAAUACACAACGUAAUGACAGACAAAACAGUGCCCCCCCCCAACCCAAACACAGAAAAUUGUAGGGAUGGCUGCAAUAGCUGCUAGUGGGGAGAUGAAGUGGGGGCUGCUUGGGGUGGCCUAAGGGUGGACAAGUCACAAUGACUGUCUUCUGUCUCCCCACCCCCCUCAGUUAUGAAACUCUCUUAUUAUGGGUUGACUUGGGGUGAAUUUUCUCCAAGGGGCUCUAAGUGGUGUACAUAGUUCUCCCCCUCCCCCUUCAACCCCCACAACAACCCUGUGAGGUAGGUUAGGCUGAGGGGCAGUGACUGGCCUCCAAGAUCACUAAGUGAAUGGGAUAUUGGAACCGUGGCUUCCCAGGUCCCAGACCGGCACUCUUGACAACUGGACCACACUGUCUUUCUCUAGCUUCUUGCCAUGAGACCUUUGUGACAGAACAGGCUAUGCAUCCGAAGAAAUAAUGGGAGCAGGUAAAGGUGGCUGUUUAUGAAGCAGUGUGGGCACGAAGGGUCAAGGGGGCAGGUGCAAGGAAGCAUGGCAUGUGGCUUAUAAGAGUUUGGCACGUUCCAGAUUCUCCCUCAUUCUUUAUUCCAUAAACAGCAUAUGUUUUGUACUCACGGAAAUGAUCAGUCUGUAUUUAUUGAGCCUGAAAUAAUGUGCCAACAGUUUUCCGCCGCUGAAAAUGGUAAAACACCCUUCUGCUACUUGGCAGGAUUGGCCUUCUGCCGUUUCAAAGGCUGUCCUGCAACAGAAACCCUUGUCAACGGAGACAAAUAACUACUGUCCAAAAAGCUGCCUGUGGUUAUUAUGAGCUGUGUAUUCAAAUUGAGUGAAUGUAUCAACUAGCCCAGGGGUCAGCAACUUUUUCAGCAGGGGGCCGGUCCACUGUCCCUCAGACUUUGUGUGGGGCCAGACUAUAUUUUGAAGAAAAACAACAACGAAUUCCUGUGCCCCACAAAUAACCCAGAGAUGCGUUUUAAAUAAAAGUGCACAUUCUACUCAUGUAAAAACACCAGGCAGGCCCCACAAAUAACCCAGAGAUGCAUUUUAAAUAAAAGCAUACAUCCUACUCAUGUAGAAACACGCUGAUUCUCGGACCGUCCACGGGCCGGAUUUAGAAGCUGAUUGGGCCGGAUCCUGCACCUGGGCCUUAGCUUGCCUACCCAUGAACUAGCCAGAGUGGUGUUUGGAGAGCCCAUCAUAGCCUGAAGGUUGGUCGGCGGGGGGGGGGGCGGGGCGGGCAAAGGAAUGCCACUUGAAAAAGCAGCAGUUAGGGCUGUGGCAUUGCAACACAGCUUAUUGUGAGAUGAAACGGAACCUUACCCAUAACACUUCUUCGCUCGUUUCAUUGGAUGGGGUGGAAUCCAGGGGGGCAUUUCUGCCAGAGUGGCUGUAAUCUCUUGGGAUGGAGCUUGCAUGAACUGACCCCUUUUUCCUAUCGUCCAUUGAGCAGAUGUCUCCAACAGGCGAUUUCUAAAUCUCCUUCAAUUAGCUAGAGUGGAAAUGCCUCUAAUUGCUGGGAAGUGAAAUGCAAGUGAAAAUUUAAAAGUGAAGCAAGCCUUGGCCUCUGCCCACCCAGAGACAUUUCUGUUUAUUCACGAGGGUGCUGACCAGUCCCCUUUGGUGGAUGUGCUUGAAAAGUAUCGCCUUUCUCUAAAAGCAUAUUGAUUGGUGGAUGUGCUUCCGGAGGCUUUUCUCUUGGCAGAGUUGCUUCUUCUGAUUGAUACAUCUCGUCCAAAUGGACAGAGCGCUGGCUUGUAAUUCACUUAGGAAGGGCAAUUAAUACAUCUGGUGUGACGAUCAAAGCUCUGCAGCAACACUCAGAGCGAGUGUGUUGUUGUGUUGUUUUAGUUACAGACACCAGCAAGCAGGCUUCUCUUUGCCAAAUGUGCAGCCCUGGGGAUGUUCCACAGUUGCGGGGCAGCCCUUGUAAAAUUUCCAGGCUGGGAGUGCAGCGAAUCCAGGAGGUCCUUAUCUAAUCUUUUGGCUUGCGACAGAGCUAAUUUGGUUUGGGAUGGGGGUGUUCCUGUAUCAUCUGCAAAAGCUUUUUUUGUUUUUCUUUGAAGUGGAGAGAUUCCCCUUUUGGUUGUUUAGGAUUUGCACUUCCUACAGCAGCCCACAAGCCACAUUCAUUUCUUCAAGUGUUUGUAUGUGGUUCACAGGCACCUGGAGAAUCCAUUACUGUAACAUAAUGCAAUAAUAGUAAACUCAGAUCUCUGAGUGCUGGUCCUUGUGUGUCCAAAAUGGCACCAUCCAUGCAAAAGAAGGAGGUACCAGAAGGCUUUGGAAUACAUGAAGGGCAGGGAGAGGAGGCAAAACAGCCAGUAAGAUCUGAGCGUAUUCAAUGCCAUGAGAUGCUGGCUCACUGCUUAGAGGCGAGGGAAUGGAGUAUCCUGGAGCAGGGCAUAGCUGGCUAGGGCCCUCAAUAGGGAUACUCCAUACAGCAAUACAGUCAUACCUUGGGUUGAAUGUGCUUCAGGUUGAGCGCUUUCGGGUUGCACGCUGCAGCAACCCAGAAGUAACGGAGCGCAGAAGCGGCAAAACGCGACAUCCGCAGACGUGCUGUCAUGUCUUACGUUCCAUUCAGGAUGCGAACGGGGCUCCGGAACGGAUCGCGUUCGCAUCCCGAGGUACCACUGUAUAUUGUUUUCAUUCUAGCUCUUAUGGUUACAGAAAUGUAACUUGAGAAACAGACUUGAGGAAAUAGGAUCCAGCCCAAGAGCCAAAUCCUUAUCUCCCCCAUGGGCCAAGUGUCCGAAAUGUAACUUGUCAGCAGUGGACAAUCAAUAUUUGUAUCCUUGUUUUUCAGAAGAGCUCAGAAGGGGUGUUUUAACCUCGCAACAGCCGUGUGACGUAGAUUAGCCAGGAGAGUGUCACCUGCCCAGGACCACCCUCUCUGACUGGCAGCUUAAGAGGAGUCUGAUUUGGGGUUUUCCUGAUCCAAGUUUGGUGCUAGCUACUACAGUAACUGCUACCAUCUAUCACGGGAUCUCUUGGACCUGGUGAGCUGAGCAAGUGAUGGAAGAAAUCUGCUCCCAAUAAACCCUUGCUCAGAAUAAAGAGGCAGCCUGUGUGUUCAGGUAGCUCCUUCUCAGAUGCAUUUCUGAAGGCUUGUUUACCCAGUCAUGGAUCAGAUGCUAUCUCCAGUUAAUUGGGGGAACAACCCCUGCCUGCACCAGUAAGGCCUCCCAGGAUGUCCCAGUCGUGUAGCUUGACUGAGUGCUGUGUACUGUAGCUCUUUCACAAGGUCACUGGGUUUCUCUAUGAAACUGAUUUCUAUCCACCAGUAGAACUGAGGCUGAUACUGAUUGUCCCAUGAUAUAUAUGAGAUGGAUGACUCAAAAUUGUGUUUGUCUAGGUCUGUAGUAAAAGCGAGUCUAGUCUUGCCAGGAGUUGAUUGUCUUCCAGCUCAUUUUAACCUCUUUUACCCCUUGGACAUGCCAACCAAAAGAGAGGUUUGUUGCAGGGGGUUGUGCCCCAUGAUAAUAACUGAUCAUGGAAGAAAUACAAAAGCACUCUCAAAAUGUUUCACAGAAUUGACAAACCCUCCGAUGCAAAAAGCAGAUCUGUAGCUCUUGGCCCCUUCUGGCAAGCUGACACUGUUGGGUAUAAUAACUAGUUUGGAACCACUUCAAAGGAGGAGAGGAUCUCUCAGUAAGGAAGCAACCAAAGGAGAACCCAGGGAAACUGAAGAUGAAACCAUUUGUAAACCUUGCAAUAGUCCCUAAGGCAUGUGGCACAAUUGCAAAUUCUUCAUGAGGGGAGGGAGAAUUAUUUGGCUUUGAAAUGUUUGCCGUUGGAGUUGCCUCUCUACAAAUGGUGAGGGCUAGAAACUUGCUGCUUUAAACAAGAUGAGAACUAGAAUUCUCAGGGUCUAAUGAACCCUGGGGCAAAAGAGCCCUGGGGGUGAGCUGUGAUUCUUACUGGGUAUCUACAAAUUGCCGUUUGCUGGAAACCCCCAGCUGCAAGGUUGGAGGGGGAAGAGAUGUGAUUGACUCUGGCAGCGCGAAAGAAUGCUCUCAAUACGAAGCACCAAACAAGGCCUGAAAGCUAGCCAAGAAGCAGCUUUCUCUUGCCAGCGAAAACAUUAACUAAUCCCAGCAACAUUUUAAAGAAAAUGCUCAACCUCUGGUAACGGAACAAACCUGCUGGAUGAAUAAAUAUAUUGUUCUUUGCCUCUUACAACUCUGGCUGGGGAUAAAAAGACUUGUGGAAAUCAGACUCCGGAAGCAUCGUUGUUGAGUUCAGGAAGUGGACUGCUUGUAGGCAGUGGGAGGAGAGGGGCCUGGAUAUGCACAAGGUGGUCCUGUCUAGUAUUACCCCAAAGAUCUGGUCAUUCAGACUCCCUGCUGUACUACUGCAUUUCCCCAAAUCUCCCAGUGUCCUCUUUUUAAAAGAUUCCGCUUGCAUUGGCCACGAAGAUUUGAAUGAAAAUUCUGCUUGAGCAUCACUGCUUGUUCUUAUGAGUGAGUAACUUCAGAACCAAACCCCUUGCCUAUUCUUGAUCAGAAUAUGGUUCGGUCUAGUCCGCCUUUCCAACUCCUAGCAGAAACUUACAAGCAUGUGGUAUAUUCUGUGGUAUAUUGCCUCUGCAUGAGUAGGCUCUCCUUUGUUGUCGCAGGGGCUGGAGCCCCUCCCCUAGGAAAUAAGGUGCCUAUGUUGGGGGUCUUUUAGUUUGUGGGGAGGAAAAGUGAUAAAGGGGGACAUGAUAAAAUAAUGCAUGGUCUGGGGGAAAAGGAAGUUUUCAUCUGUCUCAUAGUACCAGAGCCUAGGACCAUCUGAUGCGGAAGCUCAAUGUUAAAAACAUGGAAUCUUCUGCCACAAGGUGUGGUGACAGCCAGAAAGUUGGAUGGCUUUAAAAGGGGUUUAGAUCAGUUUCUGGAGGAUAAGUCUAUCAGCGGGUGUGAGCCGCAAUGGCUGUGUUCUACCUCCACCACCAGGAAUAGGAGGAUUCUGAAUACCAUUUGAUGGGAAUCCCAAGUGGGAAGAGCUGAGGUUGCUCUCAGGCCCUACUUAUCUCAGGGAUCUGGCCGGCCACUGUGGGUAACAUGAUGCUCGACUAGGUGUAGAUGAGACCUCUGCUCCAUGAAUGUAUCUAAUUUUUUAAAAGCCAUCUAAACCAGAAGCACUUGCUUCUCUCUUAAUGAAUUCUGUGUGUGAAAUUGUGCUUAAUAUUUUCAACUGUUAUAUGUAUAGCUUAUUGUUGUAGGGAGCCCAAGAAGAAAGGUCCCUGCCCUGAGAUGCUUACGAUCUAAAAUUUGACCCCCGGGCAUCACCUACCUGGCACCUGCGAUUAUCAAGGGGGAUAUUGUUUGGUUUGUUGCUGUGUAUUUUUGUGGUUUUGUACUGUAAACCGCCCUAUGAUCCUUCAGAUGUCCUCUAAAUGUCAGAUAGUUGUUUAUUUCUUUGACAUCGGAUGGGAGGGCGUUCCACAGGGCAGGCACCACUACCGAGAAGGCCCUCUGCCUGGUUCCCUGUAACUUCGCUUCUCGCAGUGAGGGAACCACCAGAAGGCCCUCGGAGCUGGACCUCAGUGUCCAGGCAGAACGAUGGGGGUGGAGACGCUCCUUCAGGUAUACUGGGCCGAGGCCGUUUAGGGCUUUAAAGGUCAGCACCAACACUUUGAAUUGUGCUCGGAAAUGUACUGGGAGCCGGUGUAGGUGUAACCAAGUGCAGCCUGUAUGUAAAAAAAGGUCUGCUUUUUCAAAUGAAAAAUUUCAUGGUUUUGAGUGGAAAGAAAGAGGGGGGAGGGGAGGAAGAAGAGAUAUUUUUACAUCUGAGUCGGAAGCCUCGUUAUUUUGCAGAGCCUUAUGCUCUAAUUUUGAGUGCCUGAAGAACAUAUGGAAGACUGUCUCUUUGAACAUCUAUGCUCGAGAGGGGGGGGAAGCCUCCCAUCUGUUCAGUGUACAGUUUGAUGCGUUCAUAGACUGGACAGGGUGGAAGCCUCUUGCCUGUGCCCUUUGUGCUAUUCACAAUUUCAUGGAUGCAUAUUGAUAAUGUGGUGGUGUGGACAGAGCCAGGCAUCUCAAAAUCUGAUACCUGGAAGCUUUAAUUAUUAUUUUUUAAGGCUUGUGCUGCAAGGUGCCUAAGUUUAAUUCUAUCACCUUAAAAAGCCACUUCUUGUGUCUAGGAAUAAUUUUAGCUCACAUAUAUAUAUAUUUAGAGUGAUGUUGAACUUGAAUGACAUUACUUUGGUGACUUACAGAUGCAAAUAGCCUGACAUGUGGAAAUGUGAUAAUUGGGCAGGGGAAGUAGGCACAAGACAGAUGGGGAGCCUGUUGUCUUAACACUGCAGGAGAAAAACGUAGCGUGGCUGCAAUUUUAAGGCAGUGAACUCCGAAUUGAUUAAAAAUGGAAGUACUCUGAGAAUCCAUUAGACUGUCUGUCGGUAUGCCUGUACUUCCAACAAUUUAAAGCCGCAUUUUCUGCCAGAACGGCACUUGGAGUGACAUGCAACAUGGCAAUGAAAUAAAGCAGUAAUAAAAAAUUCACAAAACACCAACAUAAUCCUAAAAGCCAAAGACAGAUAGAUGAAGCAGCAGCAGUUAAGAACAGGGCACAGUCAGCCAGAAGGAAUUCUUGAAAAAGAAGAAAUGUUUUUGCCAGAUGUUGAACGGACAACAAGGAAAGAUUUCCUGGGGAAGCAGCCUCUGCAGAUGGAGUGGCACCACGACUGUAUAUGUUGAGCCCCUGUGUCUUCCAUCCACCCCAAAUGUCUCUCUUGUCAAUCUGAGAGAACGGGGCGGGAUGUAUGGGAGCAGGUGCUUCCUAAGGUACUCAGGACCCCGGCCAUUUAGGACUUCAAAGCUCAAAACCUGCAUAUUAGAUUACAUCCAGGAGCAAAUAAGCAGCCAGUGAAGCUUCCCUCUGAAAAUCAGAUAGUGUCCAUACAUGGCUUGUAAAACCUCAAGACAGGUCUGAGGCAGUUUGAGGCUGGACGUGCUUGUGCAAGCUCUGAUCGCCAGACCAAGCCCCACCUCCACAUAACUAACGGAUCUGUGUUACAGGUGGGAGCCAAGUUAUCCUUUGACACUCUUGAGUAAUUUAUCUUUCAGGGGCUGGGAGAACGGGCAAGUUCAGGGUGGCCGUGGGGCUCUGCCCCCCUGCUCAGUGAACUUGUCCGCUGCCUCCAGUUUUGCCUGUUAGUGCGUCUCUGAUCUUCUCUAGCCUGGUUUGUUGGGGGUCCUCUUCCAGGGGAUUUCAAAGGUCUGUUCUGAGCAUCCAUUAUGGCACUGAGUCAGUGCGGGGCUCUAGUAGCAUGGCAGCCAGGUUUGAGCUCUGUGAUCUGCUGGGAUGCAUUUUGAGAAUUCUCUUCUAAUGGUAAGUGGUAGAAAAAUAUUAUUAAGUUAACUAAAUGAACUGUAUAGAUUACAUACCCCUAGCCUCGUCUUCUAGAUGCUGUAGGUCUUGAAGCCAAUUGGGGAUCAGGCGGUUUUGUGAAUGGAUCCCCCAAAUCCAAGGUCUCAUUGCUGACUCUCUCUCUCCUCCACCCGCCCUGCAAUGGUGUGGGCAGCACUGGAAUGUUAAUGGCUUGCCCAUUUCUACCGUGAAUGACUUUUUUGUUGCCGUUGUGUAAGAAAUUUCCUGGCUACCCAACCUUGCCUCUUGCCCUCGAGUUCAACUGCACCUGCGUCUCUUAAUAAAAGCAGAUUUUCUCUGGCACGGAGGAAUGUGCACAGUGGAGUCAGGCAGUCUGCUUUUGAAAAACAACCGCUACGCAUCGUCCUUGUGCAGCCGAUAUCUCCCGGCAGUUCUCCCAGUUUGCGCAAGGCUUUGCUCAGGAUUUGGGCCUUGCUUUUCUCCAAGGUUUCCAUAAUUGUUAAGAUGGAAGCUUUCACUGUGCUCUUCUUCCUCCAUCCCUCCCCCCUCCCUCCUUUUCUCUCCAGGCUUAAUGAGAACACACUCAUUCAGGAAAGAAAAGAGAGGCAAUUUCUGAGCGCUUUGCUGAUUUGGCUAAUCCCAGAUAGCUAAUUCUCUUGUAUGGGCCCAGUGAGGCAGGCUGCUGCGUAAGUCCCAAACACAGCUCAGCAGCAGCAUUUGUGCACCCGCAUUGGGGAAAAAAAUAUUUGUGUUGCUUUGCUUUCCUCCAAGGAAGAAAACCUCUGCUUUUUGCUAGCACCUGCUCCCUUUAUGUGACUUUAAUGGGAGAUUUCAGAACUAGGGCUGCUGCAGAGAGGAUAUUAGGGGGGCAGGAACCCCCAGCUCUCAGGGCCUUAGACUUCCAUAAUCCUACCCUUCUCAUACUCCUCACCUUGUUGUUCUUUAACCCUUUGAGUUAGCUCCUUGAAAUAGCUGUGCUGUUCUGGUAAUUGGUGAAGCACAGUGCAGCCUCCGUUCCCUUAAGAAGAUUCCAAAAAGACAGACAGCUGUGUUGAUCUAUUAUUUUGCUGACACCCACAGAGCAGGAGCACUGAGCAGAAGGCCCAGUUUAUUAGACUCAGCACAGCUGCAUUCCUGAGCGUGAUUCCCUGGGAGGGAGCACCACUGAUCUCAGAGGUGUUGACUCCUGGCUGAAUCGGGUCAACUUGUAAAACACCUUGAGCUUUAACAAAAGAUACUCAGCCCGCUGAAUUUCAGUCUCUAGCUUUUAACUGGAAUUGCAGACCAUCUUCCGAAUAAUUAUUACUGUUUGAAAUGCUGGUGUGAAGUUAGGAGCUGCAUCAGAUAAAAGGAAUGGAUCUGACCUCUUUGUGAUUGUUGUCUUCAUUCUCAGGCUGCUUCUAUGCUAAUUUGUCUGUCUGUCGUGCAAUUAGACUGGAAAGUUUCAUUAUCCCUUUAUUUGUUUCCCAGUAACUGUAGUGCUCGUGCAGGUGAGCUCAUUGUUCCUGCUCUAGAUAAAAGCCCAGAAGGAGCUGCACUUCUCUGCAUUUCCCCUCCUCCACUUCACCAGUGGUUGAAGCACCAUCUCUUGUGCAAGCUGCUCUUGGAAAUAAAAUGCUGCAGAGGGGGAAUUCCUUCCCUUCAAGCCAAUUGCAUCUGAGAGAUGCACACUUAAGCCCAGGAACUGCAGAGGAAAAGGAAGCUCAAACCUCCCUCUCAUGUGAUUAAAGGUACAGUGGUACCUUGGGUUACAUACGCUUCAGGUUACAUACGCUUCAGGUUACAGACUCCGCUAACCCAGAAAUAGUGCUUCAGGUUAAGAACUUUGCUUCAGAAUGAGAACGGAAAUCGGGCUCCGGCAGCGCGGCAGCAGCAGGAGGCCCCAUUAGCUAAAGUGGUGCUUCAGGUUAAGAAUAGUUUCAGGUUAAGAACAGACCUCCGGAACGAAUUAAGUACUUAACCCGAGAUACCACUUUAAAGGUAAAGGGACCCCUGACAGUUAAGUCCAGUCGUGAACGACUCUGGGAUUGCGGCGCUCAUCUCGCUUUACAGGCUGAGGGAGCCGGCGUUUGUCUGCUUCCGCAGACAGUUUUUCCGGGUCAUGUGGCAAGCAUGACUAAGCCGCUUCUGGUGAAACCAGAGCAGCGCACAGAAAUGCCAUUUACCUUCCCGCCAGAGCGGUACCUAUUUAUCUACUUGCACUGUGCGCUUUCGAACUGCUAGGUUGGCAGGAGCAGGGACUGAGCAACGGGAGCUCACCCCGUCGCGGGGAUUCGAACAGCUGACCUUUCGAUCGGCAAACCCAAGCGGCGCAGUGGUUUAACCCACAGCGCCACCCGCGUCCCUCUCAUGUGAUUAGUCUGCUGCAUAUAUCUUCAGGUUCCUCGUUUAUUUUACCACGCCAGUUGCCUCCUCUCCCCCCUUUCACGUUCCUGCCACAGAGGUCUGCGUGCCCAUGGUGAACUUGCCAGCAUUGCUACAUCCUCGGCCUUUUCUCCUUGGCUUUGCCCCAGAGAACCAAAGACAAGUGUUUGGGAAACUUUAUUCUCCUAUGUGGUGCUAUCUGCAUACAGGCACGGGAUGGAAUGCAACGAUUGUCUCAUCUUGCUGAUGGGAGUCCGACAGGGAGAGGUGUGUAAUCUGUCCGCCUGUUAAAUGGAAUUUUCGAGUCCGGUGGAGAAAGAGAAGAGCAGAGGCCCAAUCGCUGAAGCAAGGUGCCUCUUCCAGGUGUGUGGCUUCGUGGUUAGGCCCAGGGCAAGAGCCUCAGACACGAGUGAGCUGCAUAUGCAAGUGAACCAGAGGGGCAGUGUGGUGCAGUGGUUAGAGUGUUGGACUAGGGUCUGGGAGGUAAAGGUAAAGGGACCCCUGACCAUUAGGUCCAGUCGUGACCGACUCUGGGGUUGCGGCGCUCAUCUUGCUUUAUUGGCUGAGGGAGCCGGCAUACAGCUUCCGGGUCAUGUGGCCAGCAGGACUAAGCCGCUUCUGGCGAACCAGAGCAGCGCACAGAAACGCCGUUUACCUUCCGCCGGAGCGGUACCUAUUUAUCUACUUGCACUUUGACGUGCUUUCGAACUGCUAGAUUGGCAGGAGCAGGGACCGAGCAACAGGAGCUCACCCGUCGUGGGGAUUCAAACUGCCGACCUUCUGAUCGGCAAGUCCUAGGCUCUGUGGUUUAACCCACAGCGCCACUCGCGUCCCAGGAUCUGGGAGACCAUGGUUCAAAUCCACCCCCCAUUAGGCCAUGACACUCAUUGGGUGUGACCUUAGGCCAGUCACUGCUUCUCAGCCUAACCCACCUCACAGGGUGGGGAUUAAAUGAGAUGAGGCAGAGUUGUGUACCCCACCUUGAGCUCAUCAGAGGAGAAGGUUGGGACAUAUACACAAUAUCAACUUGUGAAUUGUGAGUGGUCCUAAUAGUGCUGCUUGUUUGCACCUCUUGCUCUUAAUCCAGAUAACUAGGAAGUCUCUGGAAAUUCCAGAAACUUCCUCGCUCUCAGCUUCAUGCUAAUCCACUGCUGGAGUGCACAGAAUUCCUAGGAAUUUUCCUGUGCUUGAGAUGGUUCAGUUGUUGCCUCCUUUCUGUGUCUCCCUUCCUUUGUUUACAUUGUGCUUUGAAAAGGAAUGAGGGUUUUGAAUGUUGGGGACAUGUUUGACUGAGCAAACUCUGGCAGACUCUUUCUGACAUAGCCAGCCUUGCAGGAGGGAACUUGGAGUAUUUAGAGUGAAAAUGACAAGGCAAUUGUCAGGAAUUACUUUAAUGGGUAGGAAUUAGUUUUAAAUUAUUCUCAUUAUAAAUAGCUGGUAUCGUAGUUCCUGGCUCUGAAGCAAGCAAGAUGGAAUGAUGUGUCACAGCAAAGAAAGGUUGUGAUUAAUAAAACGAAUCUUAGUUAAACUAGCACAAAACACACACACACACACACAGAGAGAGAGAGAGAAAAGCUUGGUAAAUCAAUUAGAUUCAUCCAUUUCCCUACAGAUCUGCCUCUAAGUCAUUCUACAGGAGUUGGCUGAGACUUGCAGAGCUUUGUGGGAUGGGGGAGAGAGAAGAUGCUCAAGUAUUAGGCUGCAUCUUUUAAUUAUAUAUUGACACCUGCUUUACAGAGGGAAAUGGGGAGAGCUGAGACUUCCUAGAUUUUCUGUAGUGGGGAGGUGCCAUUCUCUAGUGGAGAGGUUGUCCCAGCGCCAUCGUGGUUGAGAUGAGCAACAGGCGAGGAAAGGGAGGAGUUGUUUAGCAGCGGAACCUUCCCCUUAGACUCACUUAGAUAUUUUUUAAGUAAUGGGUAUGCUUCCCGCUAAUGAAGAUUAGUAGCAAUUGCUGUGAGUUCCACCAAACUGUCCUUCCCUCCCAUCCCACGUGUGUGUUUUUAGCAGGGAAAAUAUGCUGUAAUUUUGGUAACGAUGUAAAGAGCUAAUUAAGGGUCUUGCUCAAUCAACUAGCAGCUUAAUUACCACCAAAUAGUAAUCGCUUGCGGAAGCGCUGCUGCCGCCGCAAGCCCUGUGACAUUUAUGGUUCUGCACCUGAGGGCGUUGUGCAAAAUGGGGAAAGGACAUCCCCCCCUUUUAAAAGGCCCAUCGCAACUGGGAUUUCUGGAGGUGGUGGGAGGAAUCUGCUGAGGAUUGUGAUUCCUUAAACAUCCAUGUCUUCCCUUUCCUCUGGGGAGUGCACAGGGUGGCCUAUAUGGGCCUCCUACAGGGAGGUCUGCUAUUCAGACACCACUCAGACUGUCUUUGCCUCCACAAGGCGCCUUCUGACCACCUCUUUGGCCAUUCAAAGCAAAACAGUAAACCCCUGUAAGGGGGGAGGAGUGAGUUUUCCUUGCGUAUUUUCCUUGUCUUCAAAUAUUCCUCCCUGGGCCAUUGCUCACUGGCAGAAGGUCCUGGCUUCCACCCUCAACAUUUUCCAGGAGGGCUGGGUCAGGCUCCUGUCUGAAACCCUGGACUGCUGAUGCCAGACGGUGUGUAGACAAUGAAGACUUAACUGGACCAGCGGCCUGACUGUGUACAAUGCAACUUCCUGUCUGGCUUGUCUAACCUGACAGCACCACUGCUGUUUGUGUGUGGAGGGCUGGACCAGCAUUUCCGUGGCUCAGCCUUGCCUCCCAGUUCCUGUGGCCCCAGGGAAGGCUUUGCGCCUGGUGUCUCCACCAGAGGCAUCCCUGCCACAAGGCAAGGUGAGAUGGUCACCUCCAGUGGUACAUUUUGGGUGGCCGAGUGAGGGAGAGGGACUUGACCAAGGGCACAGUGUUGGGUUUUCAUUUCCAUGCUGCCUCAAAACAGCUGGAUCGCAUUCUGUGUUUUAAAUGAUGCGCUCUGUCCCACUCAAGCCGCCUAAAGAACCGCCGUCUGGCAGUUCCCUUGCUGCAUGAAGCCAGGUUACAGGGAACCAGGCAGAGGGCCUUCUCGGUAGAGUGGUACCUCGGGUUAAGUACUUAAUUCGUUCUGGAGAUCCGUUCUUAACCUGAAACUGUUCUUAACCUGAAGCACCACUUUAGCUAAUGGGGCCUGCUGCUGCUGCCACCGCACUGCUGGAGCACGAUUUCUGUUCUCAUCCCAAAGCAAAGUUCUAAACCCGAGGUACUGCUUCUAGGUUAGCGGAGUCUGUAACCUGAAGCGUAUGUAACCUGAAGCGUAUGUAACCCGAGGUACCACUGUAGUGGCGCCCGCCCUGUGGAACUCCCUCCCACCAGAUGUCAGAGAAAAACAACUACCAGACUUUUAGAAGACAUCUGAAGGCAGCCCUGUUUAAGGAAGCUUUUAAUGUUUAAUAGACUAUUGUACAGUGGUACCUCGGGUUAAGUACUUAACUUGUUCUGGAGGUCUGUUCUUAACCUGAAACUGUUCUUAAUCUGAAGCACCAUUUUAGCUAAUUGGGCUUCCUGCUGCUGCCGCGCCGCUGGAGCACGAUUUCUGUUCUCAUCCUGAAGCAAAGUUCUUAACCGGAGGUAAUAUUUCUGGGUUAGCAGAGUCUGUAACCUGAAGCGUAUGUAACCCGAGGUACCACUGUAUUUUAAUAUUUUGUGGGAAGCCUCCCAGAGUGGCUGGGGAAUAAAUUUAUUAUUAAUUAAUUGAUUAUUAUAAAAUGCCGUAGACUGGUCCUGAAGGCCACGUGACUGCUGAAGAGUUCAGCGGCCGGCCUGCUCUUGAGGUGGGAUAGCUGGAGAUGCCUGUGUCAGAUCUCUCUGCAUUCCUGGCAUGCCUGCUGGUCCCCCUGCCUCCCUCCUAUGCCCCUCUCUCCUUUGAACGCUGCUCAGGCGCUGACUGCAAUUGGCCAGAGCCUCCUGCAUCUCUCAGAGCUGCAGUCCAUGCAUAGGCUUGUGUGUUUGUGUGCUGAGAGAUGAUAGACCUCUUGUUGCCCUCCCUCCUUGUUUAAUGCCUGCAUCUACCCAUUUGCCUUCUGGGCAUGCUAAUCCCUAGAGCAUGGGUAGGCAAACUAAGGCCCCGGGGCCGGAUCCGGCCCAAUCGCCUUCUAAAUCUGGCCUGCGGACGGUCUGAGAAUCAGUGUGUUCUUACAUGAGCAGAAUGUGUGCUUUUAUUUAAAAUUCAUCUCUGGGUUAUUUGUGGGGCCUGCCUAGUGUUUUUACAUGAGUAGAAUGUGUCCUUUUAUUUAAAAUGCAUCUCUGAGUUAUUUGUCAGGCAUAGGAAUUUGUUCACCCCCCAAAAGAAUACAUAGUCCGGCCCCCCACAAGGUCUGAGGGACAGUGGACCGGCCCCCUGCUGAAAAUGUUUGCUGACCCCUGCCCUAGAGAAAGGGAUGAAAUCAGAAGGUGCCUGACUCUUUGAGAGGGAGGGAAGUGAGUGCAUUUAGCUGGACCAGCAAUGUCCAGAAGUCCAGUUUGGCACAGACCCAUUCUGAGCUUGGCUUUUCCGAGGUCUCUGUCUGGUGUCCCGAUGGCAAAAGCUCUGGCGCAGAAUAUUUCAGCGCCUCUUGAGUGAAGCUGGCAGCCAGACUCUGGCAGUGGCUGAUAGUUCUCAGAUAUGACUAAUAGAGAGUCACUCUCCUGGCAGCAGAUGUGAGGGAUUUCAUAGGUCACUUUGCACACUCUUAUCUGGUUACAGGGGAAUGAGUUUCCGCUGGCAAGAGAGGAGGCCCAUUGGGAACGCUUCUGAGGCCAGUGGGCUUGAAUGGGCAGAGCCUGCUGAACCUUGAAGCUCACAGGGAGCCGGGUGCAAAUCACUAAUUCAGUUCGAACUAUAUUUGAGGAUAUAUCAGACAUGUUCUGGCCUGUGGGAAGCAAUAAUUUCUUCUAGAGCUCUGAUCUUACAUCAGAAGAGCCGGAUGGAUCAGACCAAUGGCCCAUCUAGUCCGUUAUCCUGUUCUCACAAUGGCUGACAAAAUGCUCAUGGUAAGCCCAAAAGCAGAACCCGAGCACAAGAGCCUUUUCCUUUCCUGUGGUUUCCAGCAACUGCUAUUUGGAAGCUUGAACUGUGGAGGCAGAACAUAGUCAUGGCAAAUAGCUAUCAAUAGCCCUCCUCAUCGUUUGUCUCAAUCUUUUAGAGCCGUCUAGGUUGGCGCCCAUCACUGUCUCCUGUGCAAGCGAGUUCCAUAGUUUAACAAUCUUCAGCUGGUGUGUUUGGACCCCCUACUGCAGCGGUUCUCAACCGGUUGCUCCCCAGAUGUAGUUGGACUACAACUCCCAUCAUCCCUGAGCUCUGGCCUUGCUAGCUAGGGAUGAUGGGAGUUGUAGUCCAACAGCAUCUGGGGACCCACAGGUUGAGAACCGCUGCCCUACUGGGUCAGGUGGGUUGCAACAGGAGCACCAGUACAAUUCAAAGGUGGAGCCCUGGGUUUGAAAAGGUUGAAGACUACAGUGGUACCUCUGGUUACAUACGCUUCAGGUUACAGACUCAGCUAACCCAGAAAUAGUUAAGAACUUUGCUUUAGGAUGAGAGCAGAAAUCAUGCUCCGGCAGCGCAGCAGCAGCAGGAGGCCCCAUUAGCUAAAGUGGUGCUUCAGGUGAAGAACAGUUUCAAGUUAAGAACGGACCUCCGGAACGAAUUAAGUACUUAACCUGAGGUACCACUGUACUGGUCUAGAGAGCUGGUAGGAAAGGUCUUGUAAGCAGGAUGGGAAGGAGUAGUAAUGUGAGGUGAGAAUAUUCUCUGCUAGAAAAUUCUCCAUAGAAUAUUCUCCACAAACUGUAAAUUCUAAUGUAAGAACCAGUUUUACAACCCACAUUAAAAAAAUCUAGUAAAUAAUAAGUCAAGCUGUGAUAUUGCCAGUGUAAGUAAUGAAAAAUGAUUUUUUUUUAUCCAGUUACAUUACUGGGCAUUGUGUCAUUCACCAUUGGCAGUUGGCAACAUAAUUAGAAUUCAAAGUUGAUGGUAAGCAUAUGGUUAGUGGCAGGCUUAGUGAUUAACAUGAGACAUUCACGUUGAAUUUUCAAUUUCAAGUUUGGUGCAAAAAAUCAAAAAAUGUGAAUUCACUGCAUUGCCCCAUUGAAUAGAAGUAUCUGUACAGUUUUUGGUUGCCAUCUGAACAAGUUUACCCAUGAAUAAACAUGUAUAUUAACUAAUUAUACCAUUUUCAGUUCAUUAAAAUUAUAUUUAAAAUGAAUAUUCUCCUAUUUUAAAUGAAAAUUCUCUAAUAUUCUCAUUAAUCGAGAAUAUUCUUGAGAAUAUUCUCCAAAAGUUUAUUCUCGAGAAUUUAACAUCACUGGUAACGAGGUCUCCCUUUUUUACUUCUUGCAGAUAUGAUUUAAACAAACCUAAGGGCAAGUGGACCAGCAGGGCAUUGUGGAUUCACUGGCAUCUUCAGCUACCCCACCUCAAGAGCAGGCAGGCUAGUUGCCCAAGUGCGUAAGGCCCAUGGUUGCAGAAAUUGCAGCCCUGUUCAGGACUUGCUUUUGACCCCCUCUUCCACCCCCCCACCAUAACACAGAAUGACAAAUACCAGGGGUGGCUCUCCAGGUGGUGUUGGACUCCCAGUAGCCCCCAUCCACCACAACCAGUGGCUGAUAAUGAGAAUGGUAGUCCAACAAUAUCUGGAGAGCCACGGUUUCGCUCUUCCUGCCAUAUGCAAACAGUUGUGUGGGUGAGGGGAGCCAAGAUAACGCCUUUAAACCCUUUUAAUUUUUACUUUCCUGUCGGGGGUGGCUCUGACGGGUUGUGAUGUUCUUUAUUAAUGAGCACUUUGGAAUCCUUUGGUGUCAAGUAUAGCUUUGUAGAAUUGGGUAGGAAGUCGCUUGAGGAAUGUGAGGAAGCCCAGGCCUGUGAAGCUUCAGCCUCUGCUCGUUAAUGUCACAGGGAAGCCUUUAUCUCUGACUUCCCCCCUGCACGAUGUGCCGGCUUUCCCAUCACAAAUAUUUCUGUUUGGCUGAUUGAAAACAGAUGUGCGAUGUGUGGUGGACGCCUGGGAGAAGCUGGAGAAGCGUAAUGAUACCAUUCUGUGAAAAGAUCAGUGAGAGGACUUCUGUCAAGGGGUUUUAGGGGAGUGACAAAGUAUUUGGAAAGUUGUGGAGCAGCGUUGGCUGCAUCCCUUGGAUGCCUUCAGAGGUUGAGCCGUAAUUCCUCCUUCAGGCCUUGGAUGCAGUCCGCCAAGCCCUGUCAAAUGGGUGGCAGGUUUUCAGAAAAGGUGAUAUAUGUCUUGAGUUUUGGGGUAGAGACAAUGGUUCACACGAAACUCUUGUGUGCAUAAUAGGUAAAGGUAAAGGGACCCCUGACCAUUAGGUCCAGUCGUGGCCGACUCUGGGAUUGCGACGCUCAUCUCGCUUUAUUGGCCGAGGGAGCCGGCGUACAGCUUCCGGGUCAUGUGGCCAGCAUGACUAAGCCGCUUCUGGCGAACCAGAGCAGCGCACGGAAAUGCCGUUUACCUUCCCGCCAGAGCGGUACCUAUUUAUCUACUUGCACUUUGACAUGCUUUUGAACUGCUAGGCUGGCAGGAGCAGGGACCGAGCAACGGGAGCUCACCCCGUCGCGGGGAUUCGAACCACCGACCUUCUGAUCGGCAAGCCCUAGGCUCUGUGGUUUAACCCACAGCGCCACCCGCGUCCCACCCACCACCCGUGUGCAUAAUAAUAAUAAUUCUGUACUUUGAUCCUGCCGUAGUUCAUUUCUGGGUUCACCAUCUAUGGUUGACUCGAAACAAGCUGCGUUGCAGAGAACCUUUUGUGAAGGCCACAUAUAUGGUGCUUCCCCUUCACCCUUAUCGUCUUCCUCCCCCCCCCCCCCCGAUCAUCUCGAACCAGGGGUGUGUUUUGAAGCAUCACCGCAAAGCUCCUCAUGUGCCCUGAGAUCUGGGCUGCAGCUAAUCACUGCUUCCUCUCUCUCUCACACAUCUUGGCUUUUAUGUGUGAAUUCAUUAUGCAAGGUUUCUUUCUUGGUUUUUAAAGUCUGUGUCGAUUUAUUUCAUAGGAAAUCCUGAUAUAUUUCAAAGGAGCAGGCUUGCAGAUGGCUGGCGCUUUUCCAUUUUAAAACGGUUAAUUUCAAAUCUCUUCCAUUUUUAUUAGAAAUGCGCUGCUUUCCCCAGUCUUACCUGAUCCGGCGCCGGAUGCCUGUUUGCCAUGUUUAUGAAAGACACAUUUAGUUUGGGUAUAGUUCCUUUUCACCACGAUGUUUUCCAGUUUGGGUCAGUGUUAGAAACUCAGAUAUAUAAGUUGGACCUAAAUGGCUCUGUAAACCAAGGUUUGUUGUUGUUUAGUCGUUUAGUCGUGUCCGACUCUUCGUGACCCCAUGGACCAGAGCAUGCCAGGCACUCCUGUCUUCCACUGCCUCCCACAGUUUGGUCAAAUCAAGGUUACAGUUGCCAAAAUGGAAUGUCUAGUUGCCAUUUGGGGGCAAGAGGGCUCUCAAGUCUUAUUUUUCAAAUGAUGGAUGACACUGAUUAAUUAUCAGUAAAACAUCUGUCUAGUUCAGAUGACAACCUUGAGCUAGGUUAAGGCCUUUGAGAACUUAAAAAAGAAAAGUCCCUUGAUCCAGGGACAGUGGUACCUCGGUUUAAGAACAGUCCGGUUUAAGAACGAUUUGGUUUACAAACUCGGCAAAACCAGAAAUAGUGUCUUGGUUUGAGAACUUUACCUCGGUCUAAGAACGGAAUCUGAACGGUGGAAGAGCACUGGCGGUGGGAGGCCUCAUUAGGGAAAGCGCGGCUCGGUUUAAGAACGGUUUUGGGUUAAGAACGGACUUCCGGAACGGAUUAAGUUUGUAAACCAAUGUAUCACUGUAUUGGCUUAUUCUGAUUUCUUUUUCUUAAUGGUGACAUGGACCAUUCAUAACGCAAGAAUAUUCUUCACAACUGUGAGCAGGCUAGUGGGGUGGGGUAAGGCAAGGCAAGCGAUAACAAUUAACUAUAGCGUUGUUCACUGCUCCUGCUCAGGCUGCACAGAGAAUGGAUUUUUGGUUCCUGAAAUUGAUUCUGAUUGUGCAGAUAAAAUAUAACGGAUAAAUAAUGCUGUGGCAUUAGUGUGUGAAAACAGUCAAGAUCCAAGGAUCUCCAGUCAGGCACCUCCAGGUGGUGGAGAUGUCAGGCGCCAUCCUGGCAUCCAGGCACCUUCAUUCGGUCGCAAGUGACUGAUAGCCAGGUGCAAAAUGCGCCCGGUGCCUGGCUAAUUUUGAACACUGGUUUGGGUUCAAGCAGGCUCCGCGAAGACCCACCUAGGCAGGCUGCUGCCUCAUCUGCCUGAAUUGCUUUCAGGCAGGUCUUUCAGUUUAUCUGCUCAAGCAGCGAGAGGAGGCCAGCUAAAUGGAGAGCUCUUGCACAGCAAAGCUGGUAGGGGAACAGCUGGAGUGACUAAAUUAAGCUUAGGAGGCCUGCAAACAACCUGCAGGGGGAAAAGUCUGUUUUCUGAACAUUCCUCCCUCCACCCCUGCCAGUGAUCUUUCUGUGUCCUGAAAUGCUUUCGCUGCAUGACACAACUCGACAGGGUUGAAUGGUUUCUGCUGUUCGUUUUUAACUGUUUCAUUUAGGUUUAAUAUUUGUAUUUAGCUUUUCCAAAAUACCAGGUUGAGCUUGAAGUGGUUCGUAAUAGCAUUCAAAAUUAGCAAACAUCACUAUCGCUAGGCCGAAAAUGCAAUAGCGUACAAAUAAGGCAAAAGGAAACAAGCUCAUGAGAUAGUUAAUACAAUCUCAUAGAGAUGCAGAAAUGACUGCUGGGCACCAGCCCUGUACCAGUUAAAGGGGCUUCUAUACCCACUAGGUAAAGGUAAAGGGACCCCUGAACAUUAGGUCCAGUCGUGAGUGACUCUGGGGUUGCGGCGCUCAUCUCGUUUUAUUGGCCGAGGGAGCCGGCGUACAGCUUCCGGGUCAUGUGGCCAGCAUGACGAAGCCGCUUCUGGCGAACCAGAGCAGCGCACGGAAACGCUGUUUACCUUCCUGCCGGAGCGGUUCCUAUUUAUCUACUUGCACUUGACGUGCUUUCGAACUGCUAGGUUGGCAGGAGCAGGGACCGAGCAAUGGGAGCUCACCCCGUCACGGGGAUUCGAACCGCCAAACUUCUGAUUGGCAAGUCCUAGGUUCUGUGGUUUAACCCACAGCGCCACCCGCGUCACUACAUGAGCACAAUUGCAGGCAGUAGUCACUGAAAAUGCAAAGGUCGCCAUUUCACGCCCAUUCCACAAGGAAGGUAGGACUUGGUUUCAAUCUCAUUUCUGCUGGUGGAGACCCUUAGGGACUUGGUAUCACUCUGAGAACAGAAUCUUUCUCGGGAGAUCGGGAGGGGGAAAGAAAGAACCCACAACCUCCGUGUUGUCCAGUGAAAGGAUAGAUUUCGCGUGCACCCCCAACACAAUUAGUGCUUAGCGGUAUGGUCUGCUGCCAGACUGCAUUAAAAUCAUCAUUACAGCAAAUUCCUCUUGGAAGCCAUCGAGAGACUAAGAUUGAUUAUACGUAAAUGAAAAGGGACUUUGAUUUCAUUUGUGAUUGCUUUAUCGCUUAGAAAAAUCUUACGUUGCCGUUGGGAGUUUUGUCCAGUUUGGCAUGACCUUGUAGGAGGUGAAUUGUCACUGUGUUUUGUUUUUUUCUAAAAAACAACAACUUGGAAGCUGACCUUGGCUUGUCCUUGAACAGAACCUGCUUCAGAGGCAAAGUCCAGUUUCUCGUUGGCAAAAAGUGCUUUGGUUUUGAAGUCCUUUCCUUGUGUGUCUCUCAGAGGAAUGGCUAACACCGGCACUUCGUGAUACAUGCCCCUCAUUUGACUGGAGGAACACACUUGUGUGGCAUGACGCAUCUUUCGGCUACUUGCUUCUCUGACUGGUGCUAACAGCUCCUAAUUGUUUUGGGUUUAAUUAGAACCGUCUUCAGUGAGAACAUUCUAAUUAAGCCCAAUGUAUAAAGAGACCUAAGGGUGGAAGCCCUUUUAAAACACAAGAGGCCUUCCGGAAUGACCUUCCUUGCUACUGUGCAAGCUUCCAAACGCCUGUGCAGUGAGCUCAAAUGAGCCCAAAGCCAAUUCCUUCCUCCUUGCCCUUCCUGCCAUCGCUAAGGGCCCCUGUGCCUGUUUCUGUGAUUCUUGUGCAGUAGGGAAUUAGCUACUGCACAACUUGGAAGAGAGCUGGAGCAAUCCUUGGGGUCAAAUCGGUUGCUUCUUGAGUCGUGGCAAGAACACGAAGCUCAUUAUCGUGCGCCGUCGCAGUGCACGAGAGCAGGGGUCCCAGGCACUUACCCAGGGUUCAUGUUUCCUUUUGGAAAUGAGGUACAGCAGGGACUGUGGUGUCUUUACCUGGACCUGCGAUGGAGGGGUUCAGAGCAUUAACACACCAAGGGUGGGGAGCCUUGCUUCUCCCAUCUUGCAGCCUUGGAUUCAAGCAGAAAUCAAAGCUUGCUCUCAGACGUUGCUCUGACUCUCUGACUAGCUUGCUGCUUUACUUCUAGGUCAUAUCACUUCAAAACUCUCUACUCCAGACUCUGGCUUUGUCGGUUAAGGGAGGGGCCCCUGCCCAUUUGCCGUCUCACAUUGAGCCCCUUAACACCCCCCCCAUCACCACACCGGGAAGCCAUCCUGGCUAUUUUCGGAAUUAGAAGGCUUGAUUAGCUUUCAGCACUUGAGGGAUCCAGGGAUCAGAGGGGGUCUGGCAUGCUGCUUGUUUCCCCAAACUCCUAACAUUAGGUUAAAGUUGGAUUUCGCCUCAUUUGGAAUUGUGUGUCGUGCAAAUGGCAUUUUUUGUUGGUACUUUUGGAGAAGGAGUAGAGCUGAGUGAGUUUGCAGGAGAGUUUGGAUCAGAGGAUUCAGGGAGGGAUCAGGAAGUGCUGUGCCAGUGGUUUUCAACCAGUGUGCCGUGGCACCCUGGGGUGCCUUGAAUGAUGGUCAGGGGUGCUGCGGGCAACACUGGCAUCUGUCCCUCUUUCCAUCGGCUCCCUCACGUCUCUGCCUCCCAAAGGCUUGCACAGCUGUUUAUUGCAGCAGCGCUGGCUAUAAGCUCCGCAAGCGAAUGGUGCCUCUGGGAGACACCUCUCUUUGAGGCGGGGGGGGGGCGCAAGCUCAGAGACUCCCAAGGGGAGAGGAAUGGAGGCUGAGGGAACACUCCACAAGGGAGGGCUUUUGAAAAAGGGUGAGAGACUGCCAGCUCUGCAGGCAAGGGGUGACGUAACUGGGCUCCUGGGGUGCCGCAGAAAGAAUGUACCGUAUUUUUUGCUCUAUAAGACUCACUUUUUCCCUCCCAAAAAGUAAGUGGAAACGUGUGUGCUUCUUAUGGAGUGAAUGCAGGCUGCGCAGCUUUCCCAGAAGUCAGAACAGCAAGAGGGAUUGCUGCUUUCACUGCGCAGUGAUCCCUUUUGCUGUUCUGGCUUCUGAGAUUCAGAAUAUUUUUUUUCUUGUUUUCCUCCUCCGAAAACUAGGUGCGUCUUGUGGUCUGGUGCGUCUUAUAGAGCGAAAAAUACAGUAGUUGGUUAAGGGAGCCGUGGACUCAAAAAGGUUGAAACCCUCUGUGCUGUGCAGAAGCUAGUUGACUCAGCCCUGGUGAGUUGGCCGGUGAGCUGCCUGAGACUUGCACCUGUCAGGAGGAGGACCAGGAAACCUGCUGGUUUCAGCCCCUCGCAGCGUUGAUGACUAGAAGUUGAGUCAUCGUGUUGCUUGCAAUUUGGAGGCCUGAGUUGGAAGAUCAGAAUGCCGACCCAACCCCCCUAAAGUUUCAGCUGACAAAGCACCUGUGUUUUUAGAGUGCAAAAGGUUAACGUACCUGUUCAGAGUUGGCCAUUCCAGCCUGCUUCGUAAGCCAGCUCUUGUGGCUGCCCAUUCAGUGGAAAUGGAGCAGGGUUAGUGGCUAAGAAAAGGGUCUUUGUCAGUCUCCACAGGUAAAUUGCUCCACUCAGAAUUGUCCCGAAGAACGGGACGGAAGCCACUGAGCCAAAUUAGGCUGGUUGCUUGGAUACCAGUGACCGGAUAGGGUUGAGCCAGUGUGAUGUAGUGUUUAGCUUUGACAAGGAAGAUCCGGUUAUGAAGAUGAUGGGUGUGUCCCUUAAGUCUCCCUUGCCUGUAUACUUUCUAUGGGGCAAUUAAAAAUUAGCUGGGGGAACUCCUUGCCCAUGCCUGGACUCCAACAGCUGUUAAUUGGCCACUUACCUGAAUGGCUCGUCCUUGCAGAUGCUUUUGAGGUUGUGCAUUUCCUCUGCUGUGCGAUGGCGCAAAACUGGAAUCGCUUGGAUAUUCCUCAGCUCAGACUUGCUCUUUCCAGACAGAGACCUGUUGUACCCAACCUCUUGAUUCAGGUCAGAGCUGGAAUAGAAUCAUAGAAUCAUAGAAUCAUAGAGUUGGAAGAGACCACAAAGGCCAUCGAGUCCAACCCCCUGCCAAGCAGGAAACACCAUCAGAGCACUCCUGACAUAUGGUUGUCAAGCCUCUGCUUAAAGACCUCCAAAGAAGGAGACUCCACCACACUCCUUGGCAGCAAAUUCCACUGUCGAACAGCUCUUACUGUCAGGAAGUUCUUCCUAAUGUUUUGGUGGAAUCUUCUUUCUUGUAGUUUGGAUCCAUUGCUCCGUGUCCGCUUCUCUGGAGCAGCAGAAAACAACCUUUCUCCCUCCUCUAUGUGACAUCCUUUUCUAUAUUUGAACAUGGCUAUCAUAUCACCCCUUAACCUCCUCUUCUCCAGGCUAAACAUGCCCAGCUCCCUUAGCCGUUCCUCAUAAGGCAUCGUUUCCAGGCCUUUGACCAUUUUGGUUGCCCUCCUCUGGACACGUUCCAGUUUGUCAGUGUCCUUCUUGAACUGUGGUGCCCAGAACUGGACACAGUACUCCAGGUGAGGUCUGACCAGAGCAGAAUACAGUGGCACUAUUACUUCCCUUGAUCUAGAUGCUAUACUCCUAUUGAUGCAGCCCAGAAUUGCAUUGGCUUUUUUAGCUGCCGCGUCACACUGUUGGCUCAUGUCAAGUUUGUGGUCAACCAAGACACCUAGAUCCUUUUCACAUGUACUGCUCUCAAGCCAGGUGUCCCCCAUCUUGUAUUUGUGCCUCUCAUUUUACUGGUCAGACACACACUGCAGGGGAUGUGGACUCCCUUUAUGGGGUGGUUGUAAUGAUCGCUGAGAAAUUUUAAAAAAUUGCAUUUAUCUUGUGAAGCACCCUGAGAGCUAUUGAUGAAGAAAUCGACAUUGUGCAUUCUGUGAACAAAUCAAGGUGAUGUUGUUAACCUUUAAAGCCCUAAACAGUUUCUGCCACUUUGUGUGGAGUAAGGGGAGUAUAGGAGUAUAAGGGAAGUUUUAAAUGUGUGACAUUUUAGUGUAUGUUUGGUCUUUGUUGGAAGCCGCCCAGAGUGGCUGGGGAAACCCAGCCAGAUGGGCGGAGUACAAAUAAAUUAUUAUUAUUAUUAUUAUUAUUAUUAUUAUUAUUAUUGCCAUCUGGCGAUCUAGACCAGUGUUUUGAGCUUAUGUUGCUAUCUAAGCAGCUCGUGGACUCGCCUCCUGAAUUGCACAUGGAGGGGAUGAGGCCUUGGUUCUGCAAGGAAUAAAUGGCAUCCUUUCCUUGGUGAUAGGGAACACCUGAGUGCUUUCUUCUUUUGAAUUGCACUCCUCUGUGGUGCAAGGAUGUUCCUAGAUGGGCACCUCAGGAUUUACCACUAUGUUGUCCUUUUCCUUGAACCCCCCUUUCCCUUCUGAUGUUGAACAACCAGAUGCGGCACCUGAUUGGCCGUCCUUGUUUCAAACGCUGCUGCCUCAUUGGCUGCUGGCGGAAACCUCUGUGUUCUUUUCUCCCUCAAGUUCCUUCUGGCUCCCCUCCCUCUUUCAGUUAACCCCUUUCUCUUCUGCAAGAUCAUGGCAUGCCAACAGGCUCGAACACAACCAGAAUCUGGCAGAUGUAAGAGCUGCCAGGAGAAACAAUAACAAGGAAAUCAUAGGAGCCUCGAGUCAUUACCGGGGGCGGUGGGGUGGAGGAAGCCGAGCAGGGAAAUCCUUUGAAACCCUGAUACAUCUCAAGGCACAGGCUGGGGCUUAGGGGAAUUUGUGCCUCUUAGGAAAUCUGGAUAAGUUGUUUGUACCAUAAAACCUCAUUUGUUCUGUGUGGUUAAAAAGUGCCUGUGCAUUUCCAACAUGUGCAGAAAGUUCUGAUGCUGGGUCCCCAGCAGGCCAAGAACUUGGCCUCUCUCCCCAGUAGGGGUAUGUAAGGUAUAUAAGAGAGGACACCCCCAGGGAAGAACCAUUAGCCGGAUGGUGAACAGAUCGCAGUACACGUUUCGUGUUCCUUUGAGCCUAGAGACCAUGUUAAUGUCCUCCGCAGGAUAUAUCUCAAACUCUUUAAAGGCACUGGCGAAGUAGUGCUAGAAAGAAUGAUUCCUUUGCUAAAGAUGAAUGUUUCUGCAUACAGUGGUACCUCGGGUUACAGGCGCUUCAGGUUACAUACGCUUCAGGUUACAGACUCCGCUAACCCAGAAAUAGUACCUCGGGUUAAGAACUUUGCUUCAGGAUGAGAACAGAAAUCGUGCUCCGGCGGCGCGGCGGCAGCAGCGGGAGGCCCCAUUAGCUAAAGUGGUGGUUCAGGUUAAGAACAGACCUCCAGAACGAAUUAAGUACUUAACCCGAGGUACCACUGUACUUAAAACCCAUUGCCCUGGACAUUGUGCAUAGCCCAGGGGUUCCAUAUUUUAAAAUAAAAUAAAAGCUCACUUACUCACUCUACCUGGCUUCUGAAUCUCAGGUUUCAUAUCUCUCAGUGAUAAUGCCCAUCUCCUUGCAAUAGAUAGAACCCAUUCUGAUUUUCUGUGGCUUGUGUUAAUUGCUUCCUAAGUGGCCGGAAGCCAAAAAGUUGAGGUGGGUUCUUUAAUAUUGUAUCUCUGAAAACAGUUACAAGCUUAAAAUUGGAAACUUGUAACUUGAAAAGUAGGAUUUCCUAUUCUCUCUCUCUCUCUCUCUCUCUCUCUCUCUCUGUGUGUGUGUGUGUGUGUGUACACUGACGCAUAUUUUUCCUUGGCUUUGGUUUCUUCGAUUCCACGAACUUCAGGCCGCUCCUUUCCUUGCCCCUGAUAGCUUUCAGUCCUAGUAUUGGUAACCCAGCCAAGUGAAACUAUGAGAGGCUGGGAGGGUCCAAAGUCCCCGUUCUGUUGGAUCUGUGUCCCAGAGCAGAGUAGGGUUACCAGCGUCCCAAGAUGUGGGAGGUUGCUGUAGAUCUGUGUCCAUUUGAAUUAAUAUAAGUAAAGGAGGAGGGAGAUUAUGUUUUAAGAUGGUGGGGAGCAAAGAGUAGAAACAGGCAGGCGCUUUUGUGUCCUGGGAAAAGGUGCCAACUCCCCCCUGGAGAUAACAGCAGGAGGAAAAAGGAAAUGCCUCUUGAUUGAAACUCCAGGUUCAUAGAAAGGUGUACAAAGAUCAAGUGACUGUAUAGUUGGCAGGGUCCUGGGUGUUCUGCCCCUGUAAUCUAGGGAUUAUCGAUGAGGCCAGGUGAUUUUCUAGAUAGCUGUGUCUUUCCCACCUUGUUUGGUAACGGGCAUUGAGUGCGAAAUGUGUGCUCAGUCCACUGAACUGCAUUUGGACAUUUCAAGUAAGGGGUGAGAUGGGGAGAAAGACUGAGCCCGAGUGUGUCAUUUGGGAACGGCUCUGCCAUUUGCACAUCUGCAUUUCCUGUUUGCACAUCUGCACAUUCCAUUCUCUCCCACAGAUGUAUUCAAAGCCCAGGAUGUGAGGGCACCCACCUUUCCCACUCUGCGACAGAGCCUAAUCUGAGCUAAACCUCACUGGCGUUCCAUCGUGCUAGACCCAAAUGUUGGGGUUGGGCUCUGGGCACAUCAUUUUUAUUCAUUAGUCUCUGAACUGAAAGCGACUUUACGCCCUAAAUCUUAAAGUUUGUACUUGUAGUAUACCUGAAGGAGCGUCUCCACCCCCAUCGUUCUGCCCAGACGCUGAGGUCCAGCGCUGAGGGUCUCCUGGUGGUUCCCUCACUGCGAGAAGCCAAAUUAAAGGGAACCAGGCAGAGGACCUUCUCGGUAGUGGCACCCGCCCUAUGGAAUGCCCUCCCAUCAGAUGUCAAAAAGAACAACUACCAGACUUUUAGAAGACAUCUGAAGGCAGCCCUGUUCAGGGAAGCUUUUAAUGUUUAACAGACCACUGUAUUUUAAUGCUUUGUUGGUGGCCACCCAGAGUGGCUGGGGAGGCCCAGCCAGAUGGGUGGGGUACAAAUAAUAAAUUAUUAUUACAAUGGUGCCUCGGGUUAAGUACUUAAUUCGUUCCAGAGGUCCGUUCUUAACCUGAAACUGUUCUUAACCUGAGGUACCACUUUAGCUAAUGGGGCCUCCCACUGCCGCUGCUGCUCGAUUUCUGUUCUCAUCCUAAAGCAAAGUUCUUAACCCGAGGUACUAUUUCUGGGUUAGCAGAGUCUCUAACCUGAAGCUUCUGUGACCUGAAGCAUAUAUAACCUGAGGUUCCACUGUAUUAUUAUUAUUAUUAUUAUUAUUAUUAUUAUUAUUAUUAUGUUUACUUCUGAGCAUGUACAGUGUGUUUUCUCUUCAUAUUUCCCUUCCUGGGUCGCCACCCCACGCCCUUAAAACCAAUAGGCUUUCGGAGCUCAUUUUACAAAGGAUUCUGCUGUUAAGGGGGACCCUUCCCCACAAAUAAUCUUGGCCCCUUCCCUUUGAAUGCAUCCAGAGGCCCAAAACGGCACCAGGCCAGCCCCAAAGUUUCCUUUGCCUUUUCACAUCUUCCUCCUCUUCCUCUUUGGGUGUCGCUGCCUCCCUCCUCCAGUGAGGGCACUGCUGCUGCCUUUUCCCUCCUUUCACCCAGUUCAGAGUGCUGGGAAGGGAGGGGUGGAGCUUCUGGCCUUGCAACGUCAGGAAACUUGUGUGUAGCAGCCGAGCGAGCAAAGGAGGAGUGUGCGUGUCCCUGCCCGGAUCAAGUGUCUCCUAGUCAGGGAAACCAACUGACUCUCCUCUCCUGAGCAGAGAAGAAAAACCCAAUCUUCUCUUCCGGAGGAGAAUCGUUCUCUCCCCCACCCUGUCCGCCCACCCUCUCCUCUGCUGUGUGAUUUAUUCCUCUCCGGUACCCUGCGGCUGACUUUUCAGGAAGUACAGCGAUGGUGGAGGUAAGUGAACUUGCUGGCCAGUUGCUCCCCCUCCCCCACAGGGCGCUUUCAGGAAGGGUGGGAUCCCUGUCCCUGCUGGGCGAGCGAGGGGGACGCCAGGCUCUCCCCUCGCCCCCCCAAAAACAGUGUGUUCGAGCAGGGCAUUGGCUUCUGGUGGAAGCUGCUCAACUCAGCGAAAAGGGAGAGGUUCUGUUUUCAGGGUGGGCUCUUUCUUUGUGCAUUUAAUUUCAAUUUUGGGCAGAAUUUUCUCUUUUGCAAAAAAGCUUCGGGAGAAAACUUUUUAGAAUGGAAAUCUUGUGUUGCAGGUUUAUUCCUCUCUCUCUCUCUCUCUCUCUCUCUCUCUCUCUCUGAAAUGGCUUAUUGCAUGUUUAACAACAGAGUUGCCCACCCAUUUCUGAAAUGGUUGCCUAGAGGUUGAGGGCAGGGAAGGGCAGGAGCGGCAGUUGACAGUCAGAAUGUAGCCUACCUUCACGGUCAAAUAAUCUUGAGUUGGAUGUCUGUGCCGCCCAGUUGACUGCGGCCUGUAAGGCUGGGGAGGCGGGGUGGCAGUGGCCAUAAAUGGGUGAGGCUUCGUGAUAAGACUUGGUGAACUGCUCCUGUACCUCUAAGCCUGUGGGCCUAGGAAAGGGCUGUGGGGAUUAAAGGCCCCAAGAAUAACAAUGCAAACUUCAAAGUGCCUUUGGGUAUAAACCUAUCCCCUGGCCCAGCUUGCUCAGGACCAGACUCAAUUUAUCAGCAUUGCAAAACUCAAGUGUGUGGUUGCUCCAAGGAGUUUAAAAUUAAACGGAGAAAGGGGAGGGAAAUGGAGUUGGGGCCAGAAGGGAGCGUGUACGUUUAUUUCAGUUCUGUGUACAUAAGUCUAGUUACUGUGGGGUGUGGAGAUGGAGGGGUUCUGCCAAGAGCUUUGUGCAAAAGGUGGGUCUUGAGGAGGAAUCGGGGAAGCAAUGGGGAGGUAUUCUGUGAGGGAGCUUGUGGCAUCAGGGGCAGCCAAAGGAAAAGUAGACCUUCAGGCGACUUAGGUGUCUUAGGUGAGAGGAUGUAGCAAGAAGAGGGGUGGGAGAGAGAGAAAAUGGGGACCACAGAGGGCUUUGGAGGUACACGCAUGUUUGUAGUAGCAAGAACCCACCUCCAGCUUUGGCAGAGAGAGUUCCUAAGAAAGUGGGGAUCCCUGGCUCCAGGUUGUUGGGUUCCCCACUAGGAGAGGCAUUCCCAAGGCUCAUGGCACAGUCCUGGCUUUGCAGACCUCAAGAUGAGAAUUGUUGCAUGCAGCUAUUUAUAUGCAAUUUGCAGCUUUCAUUCCCUGCCUACCAAGGGCUGAGCGUUCUCUUGCUUUUCGUUCUCCCUUCCCCCCAUGCUUUGCCUGCAGCAGUGUGGUGCAUAAAUGCUGCUGCUCUUGAAUAGGCCUCUGCUAAGAAUGAAAAUUCCACUAUUGAGCCCGAAAAAGGCGACUGGCUGAGCAGGGUGCUAAUGGCGGGGUAGUGUUGCAAGCAGGCCCUUUCCGGUAGGCAGCUGCCUGCUGAUGCUUAGUAGCUGUGGGUUUUCUGGGAAAUUUUUAUUGGAAUUUUUUUCUGAUUCCCAUGUGUGAUCUAAUUUAGCAUGUUUGUUUUACUUGUGUUUACUAAACAAAUCUAAACAUGUUGAAACAUCCAAGCUUACCUAAUACUGUAUUUGCGUUUGGCACCUGUUCAUUGUUACGUACCCAGUACAUUUCCAAGCACAAUUCAAAGUGUUGGUGCUGACCUUUAAAGCCCUAAACGGCCUUGGCCUAGUAUACAUGAAGGUUGGCAUCUCCACCCUCAUCUUCAACCUGGACACUGAGCUCCAGCGCUGAAGGCCUUCUGGCAAUUCCCUCCUUGUGAGAAGUGAGGUUGCAGGGAACCAGGCAGAGGGCCUUCUCGGUGGUGGUGCCUGCCCUGUGGAAUGCCCUCCCACCAGAUGUCAAGGCAGUAAACAACUAUCUGACUUUUAGAAGACAUCUGAAGGCAGCCCUGUAUUUUUAAUGUCUGAUGUUUUACAUUUUUUUAUGUGCUGUAAGCUGCCCCAGAGUGGCUGGGGAGAUGGCUGGUGGCUCCUGCAGAUGACCUUUGUGAUCGAGCUGGGAUAUAAGGGUUCGGGCACUCCCUGAGAUACCCAGGACCUAAGUUGUUAAUAGCUUUGCAGAUUAAUACAAGAACCUUCAACCUGGCCUUGUAGUAGAUGGGCAGACAGUGCAGAUGCUUUAAUGACCACAUGUUCUCGACCUGGUGUCCCCAUCAGCAGUUUUGCCUCAGAGAAUACCAGCUGGAGUUUCCAAACCAGACCCUAGGGCAGCCCCACGUGGAGCACAUUGCCGUAAUCCAGCCUCAAGGUUACCUGUGCAUGGACUACAGUGACUAGUGUUCUUGUAUUUGCUGUGCUUCAGCUGGAGAUAGGUGUGGGGAUUGGAUAGCAGCAAUGUGCUCAGAAGCUAGAGCCGAGCAACUUCUGCCUUGUACCAUUUUGUCCACUGCGUUGAACUGCCCUGAGAAUUUUGUACGCUGCUGCCACUUUGGGGUAGCAUAGCAUUGCAACUGCACAAAGUUGCUUCACUGUGGAAGAAGAGUCUUGUGCUGGGAGUGGAACAGCUAGUGAACUCCUCAGGCUGCAAGCGGAAGCCAGGUGCAAGUUGCUCUCUGAGCGUUGCCUGGUGCCUGCAUCCAGGGAUGUGGGGCAGGAAGGUUUCUGUGGGAGAAUUUCCAUUUCAUAAAAUAAUUAGCAGUGAUGGAAUGCCAAAUGGCAAGCUUAACAGUUUUUAAAUUUGUAGCCUCUUUUUUUAAAAAUAAAAAGAAUUACAAGGAGAAUAAGCAUGCUGAAUUAGAUAACUAUCGGGCAGUGGUUCCCAGUUAGCUAAGUACUGCAGACUGUUUUUGAAAAGCCAAGCCAUGGACCCCCUACUUUUGAAAAAGUUGAUAUCUCUGUUGUGGUAUUUGUUAUGUGAAUGGUGCCAUGGACCUCCCUGCGUGGGUUGCGCAGACCCUCUGGGGUUCACAGACCACCAACUGGGAACCAUUGCUAUAGGGCAUUGGAGAAUUACACUAUGCAGAUUUGCCCAAGAAAUCUUUCCAUCAAUUUUUCUAUUUCAGAUUUUUUUGGAAAACCCAUUGUUGCCUUAGGCUUUACUGUGGAAACCUGACCAGCAGCAACCCAGUAACUGAAGCUUCCCCAUUCACUGGGCUGCCAACAGGAUUUUUGUGGUGCCCACGCACUGUAUGUGGAUUGGGCCCUCUGCUGUACUCGCUAAAGAAGACUUUAUGUCAUGUGCAAUUUUAUACCCUCGUUUGCAGGUGGGGUGGAAUGCCCCAAAAUAAAUCUGGAGUCACACAGCUCGACAGAAUGUCUGCCAGCAACACUUUCCCUAUACUAGAAAAGGCUUGCCCUGUUUAAUUUCUGCCUGCCACAUAUCUGUUAAAGGCACUGAGCCCUUCUGUCCUCCAGUGCCACCUCUAAACCAUUCAAAGAACUCAAGUUUCAUGGGUUGUAAACAUCAUAUUUCAUCAGUUGAACUUAGGGUGUCAAUACUACAUUCAGUGCAAGACCAGGCAUGGCAUUUCAGAUGGAGGGGGGUCAAAAGUGAAUUGAGAUCUACUACAGUUCUUUUCAAACGGGACGCGGUUGGCGCUGUGGGUUAAACCACAGAGCCUAGGGCUUGCCGAUCAGAAGGUCGGCGGUUCGAAUCCCCGCGACGGGAUGAGCUCCCGUUGCUCGGUCCUAGCUCCUGCCAACCUAGCAGUUUGAAAGCACAUCAAAGUGCAAGUAGAUAAACAGGUACCACUCUGGCGGGAAGGUAAACGGCGUUUCUGUGUGCUGCUCUGGUUUGCCAGAAGCAGCUUAGUCCUGCUGGCCACAUGACCCGGAAGCUGUACACCGGCUCCCUUGGCCAAUAAAGCGAGAUGAGCACCGCAACCCCAGAGUCGUCCGCGACUGGACCUAACAGUCAGGGGUCCCUUUACCUUUACAGUUCUUUUCAGAUGCUCGUGCCUGAAUCAAUUCAAAGUGUAAAUGGUUAAAAAGCAAGCACUGUAUUCAUUUCUUGUGGCUAUUUAUUAAUAUAACAAUUGUGGCAUUUUUUUCCUUGUGAAGAUGGCAGCAUCUCUGGAUCUAGAAAUGCAUCUUGAAUUUCAUUUAUGUUUACGUAGCAGACACAGGAAUUUGCAUGCUGAUGCUGUAGAUUCUUGCAUAAAGUCUUUGGGCAACACGUUUUUUUCAAUGAGUAAAACCUUGUUUACCAGGCAAAAAUGUUCCUCUUUAACCAGGCCUUUGGCUGAUUGACAUCCAGUGCCUUUUUUGUUUUUAUCUUGAUUUUGUAUUUUGUGUUUUUAUAUUGUGAUUUUAUCUUGUGAACCACCCUGAGAAAUGCUGGUAUAGGACAGUAUACUACUACUGCUACUACUGCUACUAAUAAUAAUAGCAUUUCACUCAUUCCAGAAGAGGAUUUUCGCAUCUCUAGGUGUAGACUAUAUGCCAUGGGUAGGCAAACUAAGGCCCGGGGGCCGGAUCUGGCCCAAUCACCUUCUAAAUCCGGCCCACGGACGGUCCGGGAAUCAGCGUGUUUUUACAUGAGUAGAAUGUGUGCUUUUAUUUAAAAUGCAUCUCUGGGUUAUUUGUGGGGCACAGGAAUUCGUUCACUUUUUGUUCCCCCCCCCCCCCCCAAAAAAAUAUAGUCUGGCCCCUCACAAGGUCUGAGGGACAGUCGAACAGCCCCCUGCUGAAAAAGUUUGCUGACCCCUGCUAUAUGCUCUGUGUGUGGAAGGUCCCAUAAUCAGUCUCCAUAGAUCCCACCUAAUCCCUGGAAAGCCACUGCUGGUUCUUGUAGACAAGGCAGCACUGACCCAGGUGGGCCCGUGUUCCUCCUUGCUCUAAAGCAGUUCACAUAGGUGUUGCGAGCAGGUUAAUUUAAGGGGCCCGCAAAUGUUUCUAAAACAACAUGGUUGCAUGCCCAGUAGGGGUUUAUCUCCACAGAUGGUCUUAGAAUCCUUUUCGCACAAUGCCUGUGUGUUGACGCUGUUGUUGUAACUCAGCCAUACAAAUACACAGUGUUCCAACUUCUUUUUAAAAAGCUGCACCACAGAACCAGUUUAUAUCUGAUCCCGAAGAAACUAGUUUUGUCAGUCUCUUCCAGUUUCCCUCUCUUUCUCUGUCUGUCUUUUUUUUUUUUUAAGGUGGUGGUUAUAUUUUCAGCCAGUGGCAAGAUCUUAACUGCUGGGUGUGUGCUGGUGUGUGCUAGUGGACGUAGGCGUUCUUGCUCUGCUCCUCUGCUUAUCCAGGGCCGUGAAAAAGUGUUGGUUUAUGGCUGACUAAUUAAACAAGGCAGGGAGAUAAAGGGAAUUUGACCUAGGUUAAGGUUAGUGGAUGUGGCUAGUGGGGGGGGGGUAGGCCCUUGGAGAGUAAUUUAACCUUCUCCUCUCCUUCAGCAAACAUGUAGGUCCCUUUGCAGAGGUGGCAAAAGUGAAAAAAGCGUUAGCUCUGAACUUAAACCCCCCCAUCUCUGGAAACUGGGUGGCAAUCGGUCUUUAGUUGCUUAAAUGUAUUGGGACGGCUUUGUGCAUCCCAUUAAAAACUGCUCAGCCAUGAAAACUGCUGCUGAAGUUAUUCUGGGAGUUAAAGUUCUUCAUUUUGGUGCAGUUUGCAUGGCUUCCUCUGUAGCAAGGGGGCGUUGAAUGGCUUCUGAUACUUAUGGCUUUGAAUGCAACGGGGGUUGUACAGUGGCACCUCAGGUUACAGACGCUUCAGGUUACAGACUCCGCUAACCCAGAAAUAGAACCUCGGGUUAAGAACUUUGCUUCAGGAUGAGAACAGAAAUCGUGCUCCAGCGGCGAGGCAGCAGUGGGAUGCCCCAUUAGCUAAAGUGGUGCUUCAGGUUAAGAACAGUUUCAGGUUAAGAACGGACCUCCAGAACGAAUUAAGUUCUUAACCCGAGGUACCACUGUAAUUGAUCUGAGGCUGCAGAUUGACCUCCGCAGUGAAGCCGGCCCUUUUCGAGAGGGUGCAAAACCUGGAAAGGGGAGUUUUUUGUUUGACCAUUUGAUGAAGUCUUUUUGUCCCUGCUGUGUAGUGUUAACGUUUUACUGGAUUUCCUCAAAAGACAGUUGGAAUGGCGCCUUGUACUCCUCCUUCCGGCAACUCCUGCAGCCAAACUGGUGCCAAAUGCACUGCUCUGCUUUCCUUUGGACCCCACGAGUGAGGCCGAGGGGGGGGGUCUUGUCGUCUGGGCAGACCAGGACUGCCAGACACACUGCCUAGGCUUGCACCCCGGGGAAGUCACUUCAGUGCUGCUAACGCAGCAGUUUGACUUCACCCCCAGAGGCGCACGCCGUUGUCUCUCAAGAUAGACGGAUGCCAACAACAACAAUAUGUUCUCAUUGCACAGCAAGAAAAUUGUUUUACAGUAUGUCAAAAAUAUCUCUUUAAGUAUUAGAAUAAUAAAAUGCAACAAGCAAGAUGAGUGAGGUGGAGUAAAAAUAUUCCAAAUUAAUUAUUUUUACCUUAUAUUCUGGGAGGAUCGCUAUUGGCUAACCCAUAUUCACCAGGCACCAAGUACAGUGGUAGCUCGGUUUAAGAGCAGUCCUGUUUACGAACGAUUCGGUUUACGAACUCCGCAAAACUGGAAGCGGUGUCCCCGUUUGCGAACUUUACCUCGGUCUAAGAACGGAAUCCGCACGGUGGAAGGGCACCAGCGGCGGAAGGCCUCGUUAGGGAAAGCACACCUUGGUUUAAGAACGGUUUUGGUUUAAGAAUGGACUUCCGGACUGGAUUUAAUUCGUAAACCGAGGUACCACUGUAAUGGCAGAAGUACUUGAGCUCCAAGGAGAAAAAGGUGGGAAAUAAAUGCAAGAACAACAUCUACCUUUUCAAUAGGGGAUCUUCUAGCUGCCUUUUUCUGACCAGACUUGCUUCUUCAUUUGAAUCAAAAAUAGGAAGGACCUCACUGAGCAUUUAUUUACAGUGCUACCUCGGGUUACAUACGCUUCAGGUUACAUACGCUUCAGGUUACAGACUCCGCUAACCCAGAAAUAGUGCCUCGGGUUAAGAACUUUGCUUCAGGAUGAGAACAGAAAUCGUGCUCCAGCGGCGCGCGGCAGCAACAGGAGGCCCCAUUAGCUAAAGUGGUGCUUCAGGUUAAGAACGGACCUCCAGAACGAAUGAAGUACUUAACCCGAGGUACCACUGUAUUUCAUAAAAUUUAUGUAUGGCUUGACUAUAGACAAAAAUGAAAAUGGUAUUCUAGCCCAUGCUCUACCCAUGGCAGUCUUGUCGGUCUGAGCAUGGGAUAUACUACACCCCAGUUUUCAGAAUCGACUUUUUCAGUGGUGGUUAGACUUUUCCUCCGUCUCCCAUCACCCCCAUUAAUGGUUUAAAUUCCAGCCUACUUUUUCUGCAGUAGAAACUGUGUGUCUCCUUCUUUUGGUGGAAAACUUGGAGAAUUUCUCGCUUUUUAAUGAACGGAACAUCAGAGUCAAUGCAGGGGUAAAUCUCAUCAGGAUUGCAAAGCACACUGAAUGUGUCAAAGGAAUUCAGUGAUUGGGAUAUUUCCAGUAUCACCUGGAGACCGAAAAUAUUAUUGCUUUUCUUUUACUUAAGCUUUUUUUAAAAAAAUAAUAAUUCCAUUUUAUAAUGUAGUUUAUUGCAUUUUCUGACCCAUCAGCACCUGGAGUCAGGAGGAAUUUUCCUUCACACUGGCCGUUGCCUGGGUGUGUUACUGUCCUCUUCCCACAGGCUCUGGCAAUCUACAUUUUCAUCAGCCUCCGGGCAUUUCUGAUACGAUUCUCUCCUGCUCCUUUUGUGGAAUUCCUGUGAGGACUGGGCUCCUCCGAAAGUGGAGAGUGGAGGGAUCUGAUUUUGCCUGGAGCUUUAAUCUUAAAUCACAUAGGGAAACCUGGGCUACAGGGUGGAUCCUGAUUUCCCCUAACCCUGACCCACUUUUGACGGGUGGGUGGGUCUGUCCACCUGCCAGUCACCUGACAUCACCAUGAUACUGGGUGCCUCAGCUUCAAAGGGAAGAAUAUGCUCAAGCAUAGGCAAACUCAGCCCUCCAGAUGUUUUGGGACUACAACUCCCAUCAUCCCUGUUAGCUAGGGAUGAUGGGAGUUGUAGUCCCAAAACAUCUGGAGGGCUGAGUUUGCCUAUGCCUGCUCAAGGUGGACUGAAGAGGAAAACAGAGCUCCUUUGCAAUAGUGCCGUAAACAAGAUCAGCUCUAGAAUGAUAGAUUUAUAGGGUUGAAAGGGUACCCCAAGGGCCAUCUAGUCCAACCCCCUGCAGUGCAGGAAUCACAGCUGUUCACAAAUUGCUGAACUCUGAUUUCCAUUGGCCCCAGCCAGCGUGGCCAGUGGUCAGGGAUUAUGGGAAUUGCAGUCCAGCAAGAUCCAUCCCUGCUCCUAGUGCACAGGCAGGCGGAAAAGCCCGGGAAACGGGAACCAGCCCACUUUCCACAAAGGCAGCAAAUAAAUGCUAUGUUUCUGAAGCAUGGGUGUGGCUUGAGUGCUAGUUAGACCCACACAAGCAUGUUUCAAAGCAAGUCUUGUGAUCUGCUGGGGUCAGCCAGCGGUGGGACUUGAGGGCAAACAUACCCAGAGCUCUUCUGUGGAGCUCCAGCAGGCCAGAUUCCUUCAUGGAUCCUCUGCCAAUCGACUGGAAUGGGCCGGAGGGACGGGAGAAGGGAGGACACCCCUUUCCGAUCCUGGAUUGCUUUGUUACAUUAGGGCACCCCUCCAGAAUGAUGCGCAGAAACAUCGGGGAGCAUGUGGCGGCGGAAGGGUUAUAAGAGAGGUGGGCUGGGCACGCAAACAGAUAAUAGACUUGUCUUUGUCUUUCCCUCUCAUGCUUCAUAUGUUGAUCUUGUGGCAGGAGUGGCCGAAGGCUUCCUUUCACUUCCAGAUACAAUUCUGUCUUUGUUUAGACAGCACAUGUGGGGAACGAAAUGCAAAUGGUGUGAAAUUGCUAAUACACUCCUUAAGGGGUAGUGGUGUGGUUCCUUCCUGGCUUUUCCCACAGUACAAAGGGGCCCCCAAGCGAUGUUUUCCCUUUGCCAUUUGUCUGGGUCAACAGGGGGCCAGUAGAGCAAGUUUCAUUGGGCCCAAAUGGUGGUCACAUGACCAGAUAUUGGGUGUGUGUGUGUGUGUGUGAACGGGUUCAAGAGGAGCGCUGCAGGCAUGGGCAGCACCAGGUAGGUCUCGCUGAAGCCCCUGGGCAAGUAACAUUGUGGGGGUUGCACACAGCUAGUAUUUUUAGUUUGUGGCUAAUCGUUAUUUAUUUAUUCAUUGCAUUUAUAUCCCGCUUCCUUCUCCCAAAAGCUCAAGAGUGGCGCAUAUGGCUCUUGCCCUCCUCCUUUAAUCCCCACAACCCUGUGAGGUAGGUUAGGCUGAGAGGCCGUGUGAAUGGCCCAGCAUCACCCGGUGAGAGCUUCAUGGCUGAUGGGGUUUGAACCCUGGUCAACCAUGUCCCAAGGGAUGCGAGUGGCGCUGUGGAUUAAACCACAGAGCCUAGGACUUGCCGAUCAGAAGGUCGGCGGUUCGAAUCCCCGCAACAGGGUGAGCUCCCGUUGCGUGGUCCCUGCUCCUGCCAACCUAGCAGUUCAAAAGCACGUCAAAGUGCAAGUCGAUAAAUAGGUACCGCUCCGGCGGGAAGGUAAACGGCAGGAAGGUAAAUGGUUAGUCAUGCUGGCCACAUGACCUGGAAGCUGUACGCCAGCUCCCUCAGCCAGUAAAGCAAGAUGAGCACCGCAACCCCAGAGUCGGCAACGACUGGACCUAAUGGUCAGGGGUCCCUUUACCUUUACCUUUACAACCAUGUCCGAGUUCAACACAUGAACCGCCACACCACGCUGGCUAAUUUCUCUUUGAUCCUGGGUGCUCAUGUCUCAUUCAUGUAAACAGGUUAUUUUAAUUGCAAGGUGCUGAGAGAGGUGUUGGCUGAGUUUGAAGGACAGGUAGAAAACGUUAGAAAUGGUGAUUUGCUGAGUUGUGGUCAGCUUGUGUACUUGGUCUUUUGCUGCUUUGAGGCUUUCCAUUUAUUUAAAGUGACUGACAGGUACAAUAAAUAAUAUUUCCUCCGUUGCCCAGCUCUGGGGGAAAGUGAAGUUGUCUUCUGUGCACACCCCUCCCCAACUCUAGGCUGCUUAGAGUGUUAGGAAAGCCUAAGAAUGCUCCCUUGACUCCGGUUGCAAGACCCACGUCCCAGUUCUGGUGCAUAUAGAAGGCCCCAUGUCUAAUCCAGAGCAUGCUCCAACUAAGAGGUACUUGGUGAGCAGAACUGGGAAGUUCUCCCUCGAUUUGGGAUCAUGGAGAUCUGCUGCUCUUCAGAGCAGACAGUUCAGGCCUAGUGCUUUGCAUUUGUGGACAGCAGCUUCAUGUAAGGUCCCCAUUGCAAAUGUAGGCAUAUGUUUCCGUUUCUGUUCUGCCCAAGAGCCAAAGCUCCCUGGGCGGCUCACAGGACAGAGGUUAAAACCGUAAAAUGCAAGAACGUGUAAUGUUAGAUCUAAAAGUAAAACGGGCACAGAAGUAAAAUCCAGCAAUACUGCGAGGUUACCUUCCUUGCUCUUUGAGUAACUGCAUUUAUCAGGCUCUACACUGCAGUAAUCAGUAACCACUACCUAAGAAGAAGCUCCGCUUAAUCCUCCUGCUGUAAUUGUUCCCUCUUCGCUUCUGGGCUUCCCUUUUUGCACUCCAUACUGGGAGCGGCUGCUCCACAGCUAUGGAGCCACACAGGGGGACACUCUCUCUCUCUCUCUCUCUCUCUCUCUGUGUGUGUGUGUGUGUGUGUGUUGGGCUGGGGAAUGCUUCUGGCCAGCAGGACAAUAGUCACUGUCAGCAGGAAACUUCUGCAGCAAGUCUUCCCAACCUGGAGUCCUCCUGAUGUUCUGCACUCUCGACUCCCAUUGGUCCCAGCUGGCUGGUGAAGAUGGGAGCUGCAGUCCAAAGCAUCUGGAGGGCACCAAGUUGGGGAAGGCUGUUUUUAAAAGGAGGUAGGAGCUGAUGCGGUAUGUUGACAACAGGCAGGUGCCUUCGCUGUACUCUUUUCCCUAUGUGCCAGCAGUUCCCAUUUCAGGGCCCCGCCUCCUUGGUUCCAUAAACUCCUCCCCAGGGCCCCUUACUACCCUACUGUAUUAAAAAAAUAUUAUGCAUGACCCACUAAGAAAGAUAAUGACACAAAAAAAUUCAAAACGCAGACAAUUAAUUGCACAUUUGUUAAAAAUCCUAUUAAAACUGCUUAGUUUAAUUAAUUCAACACAGUUGAUCCAGUGAUGCCAACUUUUCAAAGUCUGAUAAUCUACUUCAGUACCCCCCCCCCGCUUUUUAGCAACCCCCCCCCCGGUAAUUUCACUGCCCCCAAGGGCACUGUGCUAUGCCAGUGCUAGUGAUUUUAAGAAAAAGGGCAAAGGUGGUCGUGUUCUGUUGAAUUGAGGGUGAGAUACAGAAAGGGACAUGUGUUCAACCCAAGCACAUUUUUGCCACAUCAGGGCUGAGCGGAGCCUGGAACUCUGGGGUUGCGGCGCUCAUCUUGCUUUAUUGGCCGAGGGAGCCGGCGUACAGCUUCCAGGUCAUGUGGCCAGCAUGACUAAGCCGCUUCUGGCGAACCAGAGCAGCGCACGGAAACGCCGUUUACCUUCCCGCCGGAGUGGUACCUAUUUAUCUACUUGCACUUUGACAUGCUUUCGAACUGCUAGGUUGGUAGGAGCAGGGACCGAGCAAGGGGAGCUCACCCCGUCACGGGGAUUCGAACCUCCAACCUUCUGAUCGGCUCUGUGGUUUAACCCACAGCACCGGGGAUGCAUUAUUUUUGCGAGGCACAAAACAGAUCACGUAGCCCCUUGGUGUUGAAGGUGAGUUCUGGGCCUGGAAAACACUUCUUUAAGGUGUGUGCAAGAGGCUUCUGAGCUCUUUGGUGGUCUCUGGGAGUGGCCCUUGAGACAGCCUGCCAGGGUUUGUGCUUCCAAGCAGCAGAUGUAAGGAAACUUCCACCCAGCCAAUGGACUGAGGAGAAGGGAGGGGUCACCAGCCAUUUAAUUGAACAGAGGAUGGGCCAAAAAGUCAUAAACAGGAGCUUAGUCUUGGUUACUCCCAUUUUGACGCUGCAGCCUGUGGAGGAGCGCCGAGCAAACCAAGAUGAAGUCUCACGAGGAGGAAUGGAAUUGUAAGUCUGGCUGCAUCUUCACUGCUUUGUUCAGCACCAGUAACACUGAGAGCCUUUCUUCGCUGGGUUUGUCCAGAUCUCUCGGUAGCGAAACCUCUCUGCAAUCCUCUUUGUAGUUUCUUCUUCCUUAGCUGUGACCAAACGUGGCCACCCGUCUGGAAAUUCUUGAGCUGUGCUCCCGUAAUCAUUACCAGGGAAGGGAAGGAGGGUGUGCAUCUUUCUCUGGUGGCUCAGACGCCGUAUCUCUUAGAAGUUGCAACCGGCGUGGUCUGGAGUUUGUCAGCUCUUUUUGCCUGGAGAAGAUCUGUGUUCGGCCGAAAGCUGGUAUAUUAUUCCUCUUUGUGGUCUUGCUGUCGGCCCGCAGUUGGGCAGCUCUGGCACUUCUUAGAGCUUAAGGUUGCAAUCCUAACUCCGCUUACCUGAGAGUAAGCCCCAUUGAAUUCAGUAGGACUUAGUUCUUAGCAGACCUGGUGAAGAUUGUGCUGUUGGUUGAGGAGGCACUACUCCUCUGUUGCGGUUCAGAGAUAGCACUGUUUCUUGUUUUCUGGGACAAUUUAAGGCAUCAAAUUCUUCACGCCACAAGUUAAAGAGGAGAGCAGGAGUGAAGCUGGGAGUUGGCUUUGGCUGAGAGUUAGCUGCACAGUGGGCUGUCUUAGCUCUUGGGCUGUGCUGGAUGGAAGGAGUGUUGGAGAGACGUGGCUUUGUCAGGGAAGCGCUUUAUGAUUCUGGUGGUUUUCAGGGUGUGGAAAAAGCAGAAUGCCACAGCAGAAGCACAAGGGACCUGAGAAGUGCAAGCUCAGCCCUCGGAGAUCGAGUUGGUGCUGUCUUCAAAGCAGCUUUUGCAAGCCUUCUGCUGUUUAGUGGCUGUUCCUGCUGUAAUGUGUCAUUGGAAACUGGACGGCGGCUGCACAGAAAUAGGAGGAGGAAGUGGUUACUGACUCCACUUGGGAGGCUUUUAUCCCAUAUGCGUUCUUUAAUUUAGCAACCCAGGAAGCAAAAUGGCUAUAGCGCACAAAAAGGCAUCUUUUAACAAGACUCAUCCGCUCCCCUGUUCUUUCAGAUUUCUCUGUCAGAAUAUAUGGUUGCCAUCUAGCUGGCUGUUCUAGCGCAUACAUUGAUAUUUGUUGGAGGGCAGCAAAUUUCAGGGGUCACUAAUAUGUCUGGGGAUGAUUCAGUAGCCAGAGGUGAGACUUUCCAGUUAAGAAAUUGAGGCUUAGGAUAAGUCUUCCCCACCCCAGUGGCUAGUAGAAGCCGAGGGAAUUAUGCUGGUUUAACUUAAUUUGCUAAUUGGCUUAAUUUGCACCUUUUCUUCGAGAUGCACAACCUGGCUGUUCUGUUGGUGAAGAUUUCUGAAUUUUCAUUCUCUGGCAGAGUGUUUGUUCGCCCCCAUCUGCAUCUAAUUUUGCAGGAGAUCCGCUUGAGGUGGGGGAGAGAUAUAGUGAGCCAGGUCUCCCUCACCAUCCUGCAAAGUGGAGGGUGCCCUCUAGGCCUAUUGCCACCGCCACCCCUUCGCAACAGGGAGUGUGAAACAACUGGUGCUAUUCCAGGAUCUGGAAUUGGCUCUGGGAUCAGCAGUUGCCAGUCUGGAAUGUUCAGGACGUUUCUAGGGACCAGCCCCAAAUGUCUAGCAUUUGUUCCUGUACAAGACUGCUGACACCUUUGGUGCUCGCAUCAAAAGGCUUGGGCGAGCCAGGGACAUGGGCCUCCUCCAGACCUGUGGAUGGGUGGUGCCCGUCUGGCAACCUGGACAGAUUAUGGGCAGGCCCCAAACAAACAUCCUCCUAAUGAAAUUGUUAUUGUUUGUUAAUAUGGAUUAAGUGCUCAUAUUCUUGCUCUGAUUAGCAAUAUCCUCAAGACUGCCAAUUACAGGAUAUUGGCAAUUCGGGUAUGCUUGCUUCCGGGUAGCAAGGUGAGGUUGUUGGUUCUGCGGAGCAAGAGGCAAAAAGUACAUGAAAUUAUAUCUUAUCUGGCCAGCUAAUAAAGCAUUGCAAGCUGUUGAUUCCAAGGGGUGUUUCUUCAGCUGUGCAGGAAGUUGGAAGAACCAUCUCUUUGGGUUGGAAAGUUUGCCGGCCGCCUUGAACUUUGAUGAAGAUCUGUUCUUCACCCCAGUCCUGUAUAAUCAGGAGAUAGUAAAUCAGCAUGAUGCCCAGCGUGUUAACCUUUCGGUCUUGCUGCAGUUCCUGCUGCUUCCUAUUACAGUGGUACCUUGACUUACGUGCCCCUCUUGUUACUUAUCCUUUGGGAUACGCACGAGGCAAACCCAGAAAUAUAUUUCUGGGUUUCGCCAUGCACACAUGCGCAGAAGCGCUCUAUCGCACUGUGCACAGAACAGGCAUCUUGGGUUGCGCAAACCUUGGGAUCCGACCAGAGCUCUGGAACGGAUCCCGUCCACAACUGGAGGUACCACUUUAUGCUUAAUUCUCCAAUGCAAUAAUUCACAGGCCUGUUCCCUUUACCCAAGUUCCAAGAAGGUACAGGAGGAGGAGGAGGAGGAGGACUGCUCUUGUGCUCAGAGCCUGCUUGCAAGUUUCCCACAGGCAUCUGGUUGGCCACUGUGAGAACAGGAUGCUGGACUAGAUGGGCCAUUGGCCUGAUCCAGCAACCUCUUCUGAUGUUCAGCUAUCCAUAUGCCCUCUAUUUAACUUGUAACAUGGGGUCAAAGAGAGGGCUACCUACCCAGAGGCUCACUUCAGACACAAGGGCAAGACAUGGUUUGUCCUUAGGAAAACGAGCCACUUCUUCCUUUGUGGGAAAGUUUUGCUGCAGACUUAAAAUCAGAACCUUUGGGUGCCCUCCCCUUGUUCAUGACUGAAAGGGAAAGAGGGACCAUGAGAAACAGUCCUCCAUGAAUUGGUCUAAUCCCCUUUUUAACUUGUCCAAGUGAAGAAGUGCUUUACAGUCAUAUCUCAGGUUGAAGCUGCUUCAGGUUGAGCGCUUUCGGGUUGUGCUCCGUGGCAAGUAACGGAACGCGUUACUUCCGGGUUGCGCCGCUCGCACAUGCACAGACGGUCGAAAUGUCAUCAUGCGCAGAAGCAGCGAAUCGCGACCCGCAGAUGCGCAGACGCGGGUUGCGUUUACUUCAGGAUGUGAACGGAGCUCCGGAACGGAUCCCAUUUGUAUCCAGAGGUACUACUGUAUUUUGUCUGCCCUGAAUCUUUCAGUAUUCAGUUUCAUUGGAUGACCCUGUUUGGUUUUAAUAUUAUGUCCCCGCUCCAAAUGUUGUGACCUUUCCUCAGAUGGCAGUUGCUUCGCCCCCUUGAUCAUUUUGGUUGCCCUUUUCUGAAUCUUUUCCAGCUCCACAACAUCCCUUUUGAGGUCUGGCAACCAGAACAAAACACGUUAUUCUGUGUAGUUGCACCAAAUAUUUGUAGAACGCCAUCAUGUUAUUGGCAGUUUUACACCAGCAAUUCUGCAUGGGAAUUCUUUUAAGAGCUCUCAGGUAGACGUCAUCUGGACCCGUGAUUAGUUCAUUUCUAAUUUGCCAGGCUGUGACUGAGGAACAUGGUUUGCAGGUAUGGCACAGGUAUGUUACGUGGCGGCUGCGACGUACCUUAAUUGGCUUAAGGGGUGACAUCCCUGCAGCCAAUUGGAUCCAGCAGUGCAUCUGGGGUCGUGGCAUAUCUCCAGCCCCGCCAAGGAAGCCUGAGGUUUCUCUUGAAGGAUCCGCUAAGGGGAUCAAAGGCUUCUGCAAACUUUUUGUAGGUCACCAGUUCAGAUCCAGAGCAGGUCCGCCAGAUGGUUCCUGCGUGAAUCGCAAAGUGGCUGGCUCAGAACUGUUCCCGCUGGCUAGAUGCCAGUGUGUUGCCACUGGCAACCUGGGCAUCGGAGUCACAGGGGUGGCAAUGCCAGGUCACUCCUGAUCCUUCCCAGCUUUGGGGUCAGGCACUCUGCCAAACUUGCCCUGCUCGUUUCAACCACACUGACCCUGCAAAAGAUCCCACCUUGACCUGUUCAGUGCGGCAAACCUUGGCUCUCAGUUUGAAAGAGGGUUUUCUUGUCUCAGGCCACUCAACACAAAAUGGAAGGAAGAGGGGAGAGGUUGUGUUUAUCCUGCGUUACACUGGCUGGAGUCUUGUGCUUAUGUACCCAAAACCACAAUGCCCACAUAUGAGAGAAGUGCCUGCAGACUUGUGUGUAACCCCAAGGUAUAAAGGUGAAGGGACUCCUGACCAUUAGGUCCAGUUGCGGACGACUCUGGGGUUGCGGCGCUCCUCUCACUUUACUGGCCGAGGGAGCUGGCGUACAGCUUCUGGGUCAUGUGGCCAGCAGGACUAAGCCGCUUCUGGCGAACCAGAGCAGUGCAUGGAGACACCGUUUACCUUCCCGCCAGAGAGGUACCUAUUUAUCUACUUGUACUUCGUGCUUUCGACUGCUAGGUUGGCAGGAGCAGGGACUGAGCAAUGGGAGCUCACCCCAUCGCAGGGAUUCGAACCGCCAAUGAACUUCUGAUCAGCAAGCCCUAGGCUCUGUGGUUUAACCCACAGCGCCACCCGCGUCCCUAACCCCAAGGUAUACACAAGUACAAAAAGCCUACAGAGAAAAAAUAAUUUAUAGGAGUGGUACUCAAAACGACCCUCAUAACUCAAGUGGCACAGGAUGUUGAGAGAUUGAUAAGGGAAUGACCGGACAACUGCAUGGUGGACAGCUGGGGCUAAAAUGCAGUGAUAUAGAUGGUGCAUAUGUUUCGUAUGGAUAGAAAGAGCCAUUGGUUACUUCCUGGUUCACACUGAGAAGCUGUUUCUCAGUGUCCCCAGGGAUAGUAGAGAGAGCUUCCCAUAGACUUCACUGGAGAAAUUAAAAGAAUGUAAUAUAUCUUGAAUUGGACAUAAGUGUGUUCCUCCCUAAAUAAAUAAUGGAGGCUAGACUGGAGUGGCUGGAGCCCUGAACAGAGGCAUUCCAUACUGCAAUAUUUUGUUGUAAGGUCCCAAUGGUUUUAAAAAUCAUUUAUAUCCUGCCUUUUGACCUCAGAAAUUAAAAACACUUCUCAUUCUUAAAAUUGCCUGGUCGUGCUGCUUCUAUUUCAAGACGGCACCAGUUUUCUUCCCGGAAUUUUGGCUGCAGUUUUAUCUGUUUUUGCCGCAGCACAUGGUUUGAGGCGACUUUGAUGAGAGGUGCCUGCAGGUCAAGCCCUCUGGCCUUUAAAAUCUCGGUUGGGGUGAGAGAGGAGGGAUCUUUGUACGUGCAAGGGGCAUGAACUCCAGAUCCGUGUUUUGUGGAUUAGAGAUUUGAAUCUGCCUUGUACCCCUUCACAGUCAACUCGCGCACUAGCAGAACUUCAGUGAAAUCCUUCGCAGCAAUCUUGAGAUGCCUUUGUGCUCAGUUUUGCCAAAGGAUCAGACUUCCUCUUGCUUCCCCACCCUCCUUUGUGAUAUGAAAAUCUGACCCGCUUCUGCGCAUUCGCUUUGUACUUGAAAGUGAAAAUGUCAACCAGGGCAGAUCAUUCAUGCUUUGGUUUUCGUUCUGCUCCAUGCUUUUAUUUUGGUCAAGCGGUGUUGUAAAAAGUGAUCUGGGAAGGUCAGGAGUUAACACUUUCUGCACUGCAGAAUUACACACACACACACACACACACACACACACACACACCUGGCAUCUGAGAAAUCUGAUAAGGGGGUUGCCUCAGUGCCCUCAUAAACCAGAAAUCCAAGUGCUGUUAAGAAUCAAAGUGCCUGUUUAAUAGACACAGGGAGAAGCCAGCCGUGUUUCACAUUUACAGUGCAUCUUAAUAAUGGGUCAGUCCAGGGUAGAGAGAUUGUUCAAGUAACAGGGUUCCCACUGCAAAUCCCUCCGGAGCUUGGAGGGUUAGAAUGCCAGUUUUCUAUAAAGUUAUUUUAGCCAGCAUGUGCAUUUAUUCAGGAGAGAUAAAAGGAGGGUCCUUCUUCACAAAGCACAUUGUUAAUCUAUGGAACUCGCUCCGCCAGGAGGCAGUGAUGGCUACCGACUUGGAUGGCUUUAAAAGAGAAUUGGGACAUCUAGUUGGCUGCUGUAAGAACGGGAUGCUGGACUCGAUGGGCCACUGGCCUUUGCUCAGCAGCCUCUUCUUAUGUUCUUAUUUAUUUUGUUUAUUUAUAUUAAAAAAAAUUAUAUGCUGCUGUGUCAUUAUAUAUAUGUGUGUGUGUGUGUGUGUGUGUGUGUGUGUGUGUGUGAGAGAGAGAGAGAGAGAGAGAGAGAGAGAUUUACAGCAACAAAACAUAAAACCAUACAAUAAGAACCAUGAAAAGGUUAAGAUCAGACAUCAAAUAACCAUUAUGGAAGGAUACAUUCUUAAUUGCCUGCAUAGGCCUGGGAGAAUAGAAACGUUUUCAGCAGGUUUUCAAAAGUUGGCACAGAAGGCUCCUGAUGACUGUCUAGUGCAGCCUUUCUCAACCUGUGGGUCCCCAGAUGUUGUUGAACUACAACUCCCAUCACCCCUAGCUAGUAAGGCCAGAGCUCAGCGAUGAUGGGAGCUGGAUCUCCAUUGAGGUUGAUUUUCCUUCAAGUGCAGGCUGCCUGGUUGAAGGGAAGGCAGUGGAUGAUCAGCAGGUGAGAUACCAGGAAUACGUAACCAUUUUGACCGCUUCAGCCAUCUUCUUUGUACUGAUUCCGAGUGCUCUUCAGUCUGCCUUGAGCAAAAUGUUUGCCUGUUCUCUUGUCCUGCCUUUGUCUUUCAAGGAUGCUCCAUCCUACGGAUGUAAACAAGCCAGGCCUUUCCUUAUUUACAGCAGCUCGGGAAGACCUGCUUAGAUCUCCCUUGGUGCCAAAGCUUCCUUGCAGCCCAGAAAAAUCCGAUUUCCUCAGGUCUCUCUGCGGUGUCGCCCUCUGCUUUUGGGUCUAGCGCAGUACAGUCGCACUCUGCGUGCAUUUGUGUGAUUUCAGCCGGGCGCGAUUGAUGGCAGGCUGGUUGAAAUGGCGUAAGUUAGAUCCAAGCAAAAAAGCUCUUUUGUGUCAGGUCUGCUUGGUGUUACCUGGUGCAGAAGGAGCUUUUAAGCUCUCCUCCACCUUGCUUGGGGAGCAAGACGCACUCAGCGCACGGGCUCUGGAAUGCUGCUGUGAGGUCAUUGUGUUUCCGUACGAUCUCACACGAGGACCCCAGCCUCCUUGAACUGGCACACUGAGCAAGCCUUGCCCCCCAAGUAAGUCAGAGAGCAUAAAAUCUCUUUUCACACAGAUUCCUCUUGGGUUAGCUGUGCAAGCAGCUCUUUUAAGCUCUCUGCAUUGUUUGCUGAGAAGGCCCACUCAGCGCAUGGUCUCUGGGAGUGUGGGGAUUUCUCUCUGCCCCUCACCCACUAGCUGCAGGGCAACUCCAAGGAUUUGGGUAUACCCUAGGAACCCAACCCAUGCAUAAGGUGCGAUCGUAUUGUGCAGGAAAGGUUGUGACGCGAUGAUCUCUUCAUCAUCGCUGAUCAGAGUCUCUUGGAAGUGGUUUGGAACUCCUCCCUUGCCCUGGUUCAAGAGAGGGCCACUGUCAUUGUGCAAUAAGAACCGGAUGUGUCUGUGUUUGCGAUUAAGCCGCCAGCCGGGAUUGACAUAGAUCUGAUCCUACAAAGUGCUGAGCGCUUCUGACUGCAGCCAGUUUUAGGAAUGCUUUCGGGGUCAUCGAGGGCUCGGGCACCUGUGGGACAGAUGAGUCAAAACAAAAGUGUUUCUCUGAGUAGGAGGAGGCUUUCCCCAAGGAUGCGCUGAGGCAGGGGUGUGCAGGCAAAAGCAGGACAGAAGCCGGGAAAGGACUGGGCUGGCAUGUGGAGCAAAGAAGAAAGAUCCUGCCCCACUUCCAGAAGAGAUUUGGCUUGCUGUGGGAAGUCUGGCAGUGGCCCGGCAGAUGCCUCUGGAAGGGGCGGCUCUCAGAGUUCCUCAGGAGAACUAUUAUUAUUAUUAUUACUAUUAUUAUCAUUAUUAUCCUCAUUAUUAUUACUAUUAUUAUACACCACCCAGCCACUCUGGGCGGCUUACAGCACAUAUAAAAACAUAGUAAAACAUCAAACAUUUAAAACUCCUUGAUCCACAUCCCCUCCCUAUUCCUAGCAUCUGGUGGCCAAAAAAUAUUUUAAGAAGCAUGGGAAUGUCAUCAGGAGUCCUGUGGGUUUUUUAAAGCACUACCUGUACACAUUGCCUGCUCUGACUCUAUUAAAGAGAGCUUCACUUAUAUCCAUCCGAUCCUUAUCCUCGUGGCUAAAGUCUCAUUUCAAAACACACUUUGUUUGUAUGUCUCGUAAGUGGCUUUUGUAUCUUCGAGUUCCCUCUGAGAAUGUUUGAUGUGCUGCUGUAUUGAUCUCCAAGGUUUCCCUUGGAGGAGGCUUUUUCCCAUCCCGUUUUGUGUCAACAAAGGCAACCAAAUGCUUUAAAUAAAUGAGAUAAAUAAAAAUACUUCUGUCGUGACAUGUGCUGGGCUGUUCCUUUUCUCUUGUGUAGUUGUGUGUACUUUUUUUUGGCAUUUCAAGAAAUGCCUAGUUACAAACUUUUUUGGUUUUUUUAACUUUGGAUUAAAGGUUGUCUCCGCUUCCUCCAGGAGAGUAGAUUCUCCAAAUGUGUUUGUAAGGCUUUUGGUUUCAUCGCUGGAGGAAGGUUUACAGCCAGCCAGCUCCGUAGUCCUUUGUAGCCAGAAUUCAAGCGUUCCCAGUCUUGUGACUGGGAAUAAGUUUGCACUGAUUACGCUGCUGGCAUUGGAAGCAGUGAUCCUGCAAGGUGUCUUGCCCCGAAUCUUACUGACCUUGUGGCUCUAUUCUUUCUCGUGUGGAGGGACUAUAAAUCAGUGCAGAGCACAUGUUUUGUAGGCAAUAGGUUUGAGGCUCAGUCCCUGGCAGAGCCUCCAGUUGAAAAGACCUGAGUAGCAGGUAAUGGGGAAAACCUCUCCCUCUCUCUGAGCGCAAGGCCCUGGAGAGCCAUCGCCAGCUAGAGGAGAAAGUACUGUACAGAACUAGAUGGACAAACAGGCCAAACUGAUAACAGCCGAUUGGUAUUGCAGAACUUGAGCUUGGAUGCCAAUGGCUUGUCUUGCUUUUCUCUUAAUAUUUGUCAAGCGCCUUAAUCGGUUUCUUCAUUGUGCAGCGACUGCAAAAGAAGAGGGAGCACAUAAGAGUGUCCUGGGUCACGCCAAUGGCCCAUCUAGUCCAGCAUCCUGUUCCGGCAGUGGCCUAAUUAAUGCCUGUGCGGAAACCAGCAAGCAGGAUUCGGGCACAAGAGCACCCCUCCUCUCCUGUGGUUUCCAGCAACCUAUCAGUCUUGAGCAAAGGAAGGGAAUGACUGGGACGUUUUUCCACCUCCUGCAACAAGCCAGAGCUUCAUUUGCUUGAAGGUUCUUGAGGCUCAUCCUUUCCCCAGCCUGGUACCUUCCAGAUGUUUGGGGCUGCAGGCGCUGUACUGGCUGGGGCUGAUGGGAGUUGUAGUCCAACAUUUCUGAAGCCUGGUCCUAGGAGAGCGUUUGAGUUCUGCUCCCUUUUAGUUUGCUAUAUGUCUGUGGAUGCCUGACCCAUACAUAGGACAUUUCUGCAAAGCUGUUGCCCAUUUUCGAUUUCAAGCCAAAGCUUUAUACUGACCCUUAUUUGCCUGUUUUCUUCUUUUCCUAUGAUUUCCUCUCGCUUUUUGUUUUUCUAAACCGCCUUCUGUGUUUCCUUUCAGGUCUGCUAGCCAACAUCACCAUGUUCAGCAAGAAGAAGAAGCGCAUUGAGAUCUCCGCCCCCUCCAACUUUGAGCACCGGGUCCACACGGGCUAUGACCAGCAGGAGCAGAAGUUCAUAGGGCUGCCGAGGCAAUGGCAGGGCAUCAUCGAGGAGUCGGCCAAGCGGCCGAAGCCGUUGGUGGAUCCAGUGUGCAUUACGGCCGUCCAGUCUGGCUCUCAGAAGGUAGAUGGCACUAGCUUUGCUCUCGUGUGGGACCUGAACUUCAUACAUUUCUGUCGGAAUGGGAAUGUGCUUCUGAGCGGUGGCUUAGCGAGUAAGCCAUAAAAUGGCCAGCUGGUAGCUGCAGCUGCAGCCUGCUCUGAUGUGGACAGGUGCUAUCUGUAGACCUUUUGAUGCUUUGUAAGAAGGGGGCGGUGGCGGGGGGACACACAUCCUGAACCUAGAGCUUCAAACCGCUAGAGGAGACUCUCAAAGUAACCUUGGGGUCAUUUCACCCAACCACUUUGUCACCAGCCAUAAGGUUGGAGUGGUUUUUGAGAACUCAGCGUGUCUCCCAAGACUGCAGUUUGCUGCCAUCUGGCAAAACUCCUGGACAUGUGAGUUGAGCCGGGUGACGGAUUCCGGUUGCAGUGUAACCUUGAAGGCUUGGGGGUGCGUUCACAAGACUAAACGUAACAUCAGAACAGCUUCCUGAAUUUUUUUCUGACGAAGUAAUGAGCGGAUUCUGUAGGACUCGAGUUCUGUCCAUGUCAGAAGUUUGCUACCCUCACCCACCGGGUAUCCUGUCUGUCGUUUGUGCUGUGCUUGGAUAUAGGAGUGACUGGAGUUUUGGACCCCCAUCUCUGGGGUGUAGCGCGAGAAGCUCCCCUUGCCGAGCAUGCAAAAUGAGAUGUCGUCUCUGAAUGACUGCUUGGUUCAGGCAUAGGUCCUGGAACGGCCCCUUCCAUUCGUGGAAUGGGGCGAUGUAUGUGUCCUGCAUGUAAUGAGUUUGCAGCUCAGCUAAUUUUUCCCCCAGGGUGAGGUCGGUGGGGGAGAGAGCGGACCGCAAGCCUGACACAUUUCGGAGCUGCGGGACACCCAGGCCUGAACGCCAGAGCCAAAAUCUGGACGUGGGAGUGGAGUCCCAGCGCAGCAGGCAAGGGGUCAAAUGCAGCGUGUGUGAGGCAGCUCUGGGUUGGCCUCUGGGGGCAGAAGCGCCUGGCUCUUUCAGAAGCAUCACGAGGUUCAGCUUGAGGCGGAGGAGCCGAAAUGCCUUCUGCUGGAGGGCGCAGGGGGGUUGGUACAGCGCUGCGUGUUAGCAAGCCAGGAACUUGAUCCUGAAAACAACGUGGUUUGUGUCCUCAAGUCAACAGUGAUUCACCCAGAUCUGGAAACCGACAGGCUUUUAAAGGUUCGUGUCCGAUGGGGGAAGGGGUUUGCUGGCUGGUUUUCCUGGAAGAGAUUUAUCGCACUUCCUGUACUAUGGGGUGCCGGUUUGGGGCUCAUCCUGAUAGCCAGCCCACCCUCGACAGCUUACCAGUAUGAACAUCCUUAGCGGUAAGGAGAAUGCCUGUGUUUGUCUAUUUACUUAGCCGAGGAGGCAGCAAGGGGAGCCCUGCUUCAGCUUUUAGUUCAAGCCAGGAGCAGAUAGUGACAGGCAACCCUGUCAGGGUUAGCUGAUGGAGAAGGCAUCCAUUUAGGCAUUAGGAUAUCAGUGUCUGGCUUUGUAUGGGCUAGCAGGAUUCAAGGACAACAAAGUGUAUUGGGAAGAGUAAAAUAAAUCAUUGUACUGCCAGGUAGAGGGCAGGCAGAAGUGGUGGGCUCUCCUUCACGGGAGGUAUUUAAGCAGAGGUUGGAGGGCCACCUGUCAGGGGUUCUUUAGCUGUGAUUGGGGGUUGGGCUAGAUGACCCCUAGGGUUCCUUCUAACUCUGCAAUUCUAUGACGCUUGGUUGGGUCUGAAUGCUUGCAUGGCAUUGAACACGGCCAUGAGGUUUCAGUGUUCAUACCAAAAUCGAUCGGAAUGCCUUUUUGCAUGUCCAGGUGUUUUGUAUGAGGUUUAUCUCCUGGUUGCUCUGCUAACAAUAUUGCAUCUUUAAAUGGCGUGUGCAUGGUUGUGGGUUUUUUUGCAUUUAUUUUUGUAAGCCCAAAAUGGAUGUUGUCAUUUUAAAUAAGCCGUCUGGCUGGCACGUCCAGGCGCCACCUGCCUGCUGCCCAUGUCCCCAAGUACAAGGUAGGGGCGGAAGUCCUGUUGCACCCCUGACCACAGAGGAAGUGGCUUGUGACUUUCAGGUCACAGCAAAGGCUGCUCCUCCGUGUAAUUUCAGCAGAGGGUGACUCAGCCCGUGUUGCCUUCCUGGAGAGAAGCGAGGGAAAGGCUUGGGUCUGAAUAAAAGCCAAAGACCUGUUGUUCCAGUCCUGCCACGGCCUGGUGUGGGGCUUGAUGAGACUGGUCUGCUUGGGUCUGUGAGGCGCUGAUGGCAGGAGAAUUUGCCUUAGCCAGAGCCCCACCUUGUUGGAAGUGCCAGUGAUUUACCAGAGACCAGAGAUUUACAGAAGAUUGGAAGAAGUAUAUGAAUUAUUUGAAGAGCAACUGUAAUCAACAAAUUACGCUAGUAGGACUACAAGAAGCAGAAAUAUACGAAGUGUUACAAAGUAGAAAAAGAUAGAGAUAUUGAUUAUGAGAUUGAAAUGUCAUAGGGAAAAUAAGAAAUGCCUACUAAGAGAUUAGAUUGGAAAAUUUUCAGACAGGACUGAUGGAAGUCAAAAAAACUGAAUAAGAUGUAAAAGUAUGUUUAAUUACUGUUGAAAAUGAUAUGUUAAAAAACUAAUUAUAUAUAUAUAUAUAUAUAUAUAUAUAUAUAUAUAUAUAUAUAUAUGAAGUGCCAGCUCAAAUCUCCCCCUGCCCCAUGCCCUAGCUGCAAUAUUCCAGUAGAGCCAUCUUGCUGGCUGUUCCCUUUCUUGGCUGUUCUCCCAAGCCUCUUCCCUGCUUUCCCCUUGACCACUCACCCACACCUUUCCCUGCUUCUGGUGUCAUCCUGCCCCCAGCCCCCUAAUUUGCCCAGAAUUUGGGACGUGCCUUGUUUAGGGAACUAAACAAACCCCUCCCUGCCUUCCCAAUAAACGCCGCGGCAGUUUUGCAGGGAUUGCUUGCUUCCCUUGGAGGCGCAGCGCUGCAUUUCUGGGGAGGGCGAGGCACCUUGUCCCAGGGGUGCUCUGGGAGCUGCAGUGGGGAGGGGCCCCUGUUGCCGCCUCCGACAAGCCGGGCUCCCAUUCCGUGUCCUGCAGCUGCAGGGUGGGAUCUUAACGUUUCUGCAGGCCUCUGCAAAUUGCCUCUUGUUUACCCAGGAGGACACUUCAGAAACUCAUUCAAGGCAACACGUGUUGGUUUCUAUUUCCCUCACUGAGCAGCAACUGCAGUCACAAGACAUUGUUUUGCAUUCCACAGUCUGUACUGUUGGAGUUUCUCACGGGAAAGGGAGACUGGAUGUGACGUACACUGGUUUCCUGUUUUUCACUGUGUGAUUCUCUCCAAGCUGUCGAGGAGAGAGGAUGCAUUUUCUGCUCUUGCAGAGGCAAGAUGUCUUUCUGUAAUAUACCAGCUUUGAACUGUAAAUAAAGCAAUAAAGAGUAUGCAGCACGUAUUCUCAUCCUUCCGCUGGCCACGACAGACUCUGCUUUAAAUCAACACGUGGUUAUGGACUCCAGAGGUCGAAUCGGAGUGCCGGCAGAGGAUCGGAAUGCAGAGGGAGGACGGAUCGGAAAGGAAUCUGCUCUGCGCGUAGAAGUGAUUGAUGAGGUAUGUGCUACUGCUCCGGGCAGCCUGCCAGCUUCAAGAUAAUGGCUUUAUGGCUGGACUUUGAACUUUUAAAGCCGGUUUUGCCGGGAAUAGGCAAAAGGCUCCCAGGCACAAGUCACUAUGCUGGGGAAAUCGAAAGUAACUUUUAAGUGUGCCUUUGUAAUAAAGCAGCUGCAGCAGUGACGCAGCAAGAUUUAAAGCAGCAUUUAUGACGCUGAAGGCUAAUGCCAGAGUCAUGAUGGCCCUUCAGGAUGCUUGUAGGAUUCCUAAGCUCAACAAGAAAAAUUACAGCGACUGGGUUCAGUAUGCAGAGGCAAUUCUGCGGAAAGAGGGUUUGUUUGAGGUGAUUACAGGAACCCCCCCAGUUCCAGUUACAGAUGCAUGGGAAGCUAAGGAUUCCAAAGCAAGGGGAACUCUUACAUUGAUAGUAUCCCCAGAAGAGCUCUGUCUAUUGCGUGAUAAGACCUCAGCCAGAGAAAUUUGGGACGCUCUGAGAGAGGCUCACUUAAGGACAGAAGCUGGAUCCACUAUGUUUUAUUUUAACAAGCUGCAUAAUAUGGCUCUUGCUGAAGGUGGAGAUGUGCGUUUACAUCUAAUGGAGAUGCAAAAUCUGAGACAUGAGCUGCAACAGAGAGGACUCAACUUUCCAGAGGCUGUGUAUUCUUUCAUGAUACUACAAUCUUUGGGUUCAGGUUGGGAGUCUGUUGCAACCCAGAUUGCUGUGCAACCAACUGCUCAGCUGACAGUGGACUUUGUUACUGCCGUGAUUUUAAAUGAAGCAGAUCGCCGGGGUGCUAGCUGCAUGGGCAAGGGAGAGUCUUCACAGACGUCAUCCCAUAGUGCAGUGGAACCACCAGAUGGCGCCAAAGCUUUGAAGGCAGUGAAAUGCUACUCGUGUGGACGUCUAGGCCAUAUGAAGAGGGAAUGCAGACAUCCCAGGGCCAAGACAGAGCAGCGCAGCGAAAGCUCAUCGCGCGGAAAAGGCCGAGGCAAAGGCAAAGGUCCGGUGUCUAGGACAACGCAGCACAAGGCUAUGGUUUCACGCUUCACUCCAAAGGUUGCAGAGGUCCAGAAGACGUCUAGAUCUUUCUUCGUUGAUUGAUUCAGCGGCCACCCACCACAUGUGCAACGAUAAGAAACUGUUUGUGUCUUUUACACCGCAGGAAGGUGCGAUUCACCAGGCGGAUGACCACACUAUUCCCAGUAAAGGCUACGGAACUGUUGUUCUUCACAGUUUGGACUUAUCGAUACAGAAUGUGCUUUACGUGCCAGACGCCAAACAUAAUCUGCUCAGCGUUGGACAGCUGAAUGAGCGGAACAUUGACGUUUCCUUCAAGAACAAGAAGUGCAUCAUCACAAAGAAAAAUGAUUAUGUAUUGCAUGCAGAAUAUGUUGAUCAUUUGUUUGUUUUGUAUUAUGAUGAUGUGGUGCAGGAUGACACUUGUUGCAUUGCAGGUUCUAACAAAAGUUUGCAUGCAGAAUGUAUUCACGAUUUUCAUCGCAAAUUUGGUCAUUUGCAUUUUGAGGCAGUAUCUAAAAUGCCUGCCUUGGUUGAAGGUAUGACUAUUAAACCCUGCAGGUACCACAUGAAGUGCAAAGCAUGCGCAGCAAACAAAGUGAAAAUGGCUGCGAAAGGUAAGGUGUCUAGUAGGAAAGCUACAGAACCAUACCAGGUUGUUCAUGCUGAUUUGGUUGGACCACUAUCGCCCUCUUUGGGUGGAAAUAGAUACUUCAUGGUUCUCAUUGAUGCAUUUUCUAGAUAUAUUUUUGUGUACAAUCUCAAGCAGAAAUCGGAGGCUUUUCCUAGGUUCAAGGAAUUCUGUGCUUGGUUGGAAAAUGUGCAUGGUAAGAAGAUAAAGACUCUUUUCAGUGAUCGCGGGGGAAUUCACUUCUCAGCAGUUUGAAGCUUUUCUGACUGAGAAAGGAAUUCAACACGAUUUGUCUAGUCCUCGCUCGCCAUGGCAGAAUGGACUUGCGGAACGGGCAAAUCAGACAUUGCUUCAAGGAUUAAAACCUUGCUGCAUGAUGCCAAUCUUCCAGAGAGUUAUUGGGCCGAAUCUCUCUCGUGUUUUGUUUACAGUUACAAUCGCAGGUUAUCUUCAGCGAUUGGUUGUACCUCUAUGAGAAGAUGUUUGGCAAGAAGCCAUACAUCAAACACAUGAAGAUUUUUGGUUCUGACAUGUGGGUUCGCUCACCACAAAACUCCAAGUUAGACAAGCGUGGAUUGCAUGGUAUCUUUCUAGGUUAUCAGAAAGGGUCUUACAGAAUAAUGAUGACUGACUCUAAGACAAUUAAGCUCACGAGAAGUGUUGAGUACAAUGCAAAGUGGGGGAGAAUGUGGGAAUUUUCCAAUGUUAUCCUGAUGACGGUGAUGAGACUGAGGAUAGUCAAAAGCAACCACAACAGCCCACACCCACUGAUGAAGGUUCUGAGUCUGAAUCUGAAACUGAAUCGGGUGAUUCAGAGGAUUUCAAGAGUGCGAAAGCCUCUAUGCGACCCUCUGAAAGCUCUGAUCAAGAAUUGGAGGAACCAUUGUUCACAAUAGGUCGUUUUUCUCCUAAGAAGGAAGAGGAGAGUGUUGAAGACUUAAGGCUAAUUCGUAGGUCACAGAGAGCCACAAAAGGCAAACCUCCAAAGAGAUUUGCUGAUGAGUUUGCUAAGAUAGCAGUAACAGCUGUUAAAAGCUCCAAGAAGGUAUUUGAACCUUCAGGUUUCCAAGAAAUCCAGGGUUUGGAUUCAAAGGAAGCUGAGCCAUGGUUAAAUGCCAUGAAGGCUGAGCUUGAUUCCUUAGAAAGGAACAAAACAUGGGAGCUAGUUCCAGUAGUUCCAGGAAUGAAACUGCUUGGAAGCAAAUGGGUCUUCAAAGCGAAGACAGAUCAAAAUGGCAAGAUAGUCAGACACAAAGCCAGAUUGGUAGCCAGAGGUUUUGCACAGGUACCAGGUGAAGACUAUCACGAGACCUAUUCACCCACAGUGAGAUAUGAAAGCAUUAGGCUUAUGCUCAAGCUAGCUGCAGAGGAAAAUCUACACAUUAGUCACCAUGAUAUUAAUACAGCUUUUCUGUACGGAUCUCUAGAUGAAUCACUUUAUAUGCUUCCACCUGAUGGCGUACAGGUAAAACAGGGAUUUGUUUGUGCUCUGAAGAAAUCCCUUUAUGGUCUCAAACAAAGUGCACGGUGUUGGCACACAAAACUCACUGAAGUAUUGUUUUCUCUAGGUUUUCAGCAAGGGAAAGCUGAUCCAUGUGUAUUUGUCAAAGAGGAGGGGCAAAAGAAACUGUACUGUUUGUUUUAUGUUGAUGAUUUAUUAUUCUUUUGGAAAGAUGUCGCAAUGUACAAUAGCGCCCUAGCUCAACUGAAAGAGCACUUUGACAUGAAAGAUCUUGGUGAGGUAAACAACUACCUAUCUCUGGAAAUAGAGAGAGAUCAAGAUGGUAACAUUCUAGUACACCAGUCACGGAAAAUUGCUGAUGUGUUAAGCAAACUAAAUCUGAUGGAUGCUAACCCUGUAGACACACCGAUGACAACAGGUUAUCAGGUAGAUGACACUGAAGAAGCAUUUUCUGACACUACGCUGUACAGGAGUGUGCUAGGCAAGCUAAACUUCAUUGCCAGAUGUUCAAGACCAGACAUUGCUGUUAGCUGUAAUUUGCUAAGCAGACAAGUCAACAAUCCUAGUGUCAAGGAUUGGAAAGCUCUGAAACGCAUAGCGCGGUAUUUGAAAGGCACUAUGCAUUACAGACUGAGAUUUAACAAUCAGAAGUCUGGUGGUCUUGAGAUAUUUGCAGAUGCUACAGAUGGAAGUGACGCUACAGACAGGAAAAGUACGUCUGGAGUUUGCUACAUGUACAAUCAGAGUCUGUUUGAUUGGUCAUGCAAGAAGCAAACAACAGUUAGCUUAAGUACUUGUGAAGCCGAACUGAAUGCACUGUCUUAUUCACUUAAGGAUUGUGAAUGGUUAGUACAAUUGUGCAAAGAUAUGAAAAUUCCUGUCAAAUGUCCAAUCCAGGUUUACCAGGACAACAAAGCAUGUUUGGCUUUGCUGAAGUCUGAAGGUUGUAAGCAAAGCACAAAGCACUUGCAAUUAAAGUUGCAGCAUGCUAGGGAAUGUAUUCAGAAGGGACUCGUAACGGUGUCCUAUAUGCCAGGUAAUGAAAUUCCUGCUGAUGUAUUGUCCAAGAUUGUAUCAAGGGAUCAACACUGUACCUAUGUGCAGAAGUUGGGUUUGUACUGAUAUUGUACGAACACGCUGCCCAGUGAUGUUCACAGAAAGGGGAGGAUGUUGGUUUCUAUUUCCUCACUGGGCAGCAACUGCAGUCACAAGACAUUGUUUUGCAUUCCACAGUCUGUACUGUUGGAGUUUCUCACGGGAAAGGGAGACUGGAUGUGACGUACACUGGUUUCCUGUUUUUUCACUGUGUGUUUCUCUCCAAGCUGUCGUGGAGAGAGGAUGCAUUUUCUGCUCUUGCAGAGGCAAGAUGUCUUUCUGUAAUAUACCAGCUUUGAACUGUAAAUAAAGCAAUAAAGAGUAUGCAGCACGUAUUCUCAUCCUUCCGCUGGCCACGACAGACUCUGCUUUAAAUCAACAACACGCUGUGCAUUGCUGCUUCAGGCCGUUUCCUGGCGAGUCCAGGAACGGCAUUUGUAGCUAAGAAGCCCAUCCCUCUCCCUCUUGCUCUUUGUGCUUAGGCACAGAACCUGCUGUGGAAGGUUCAGCUCUGAGAAACGCAGAACUGUAGAGCUGGGAGAGACCCCAAGGGUCAUCUAGUCCAACCCCCUGCAAUGCAGGAAUUGCAGCUAAAGGAUCUCUGGCAGAUGGCCAUCUGGUAUCUCUUUAAAAACCUCCAAAGAAGGAGAGUCCAUUCCACUGUUGAAUAGCUCUUACCACCAGGAAGUUCUUCCUGAUGCUUAGUGUCGUCUGAGCGCAUGAUGUGUUCUUCCUGAUGUGUUGUUUGAGCACAUUGGUUUGGGCCGUCCCCUCCGGAGCAGCAGAAAACAGGCUUGCUCCCCUCUUUCAUGCGACUUUAGAUACUAGAAUCUCCCUGUUUCCUUUAUCCAACAAAACACCUGCCAUUGUAGAGAGAGCAGCUUCCAUGCAUGUGGGAGCGGUUAGCGCACUGCACUUGGGCAUUUCUCUGACACCAGGCACAGCUCCUGCACGGCUUGUGUGAAUGUCAGUGUGGUUUUGUCAGACGAAACUCCAGAGCAAGUCCAGCCACAUGCACCAUCUGCUUCUCUCAGGGGGAGCGAAGCUUGCAUCGCUUAGUCUGUAGCCUGCACUUUUCCCGGGACCCCCUUUCACUCAGUCUUCCCCUACUCCCUGUUGCCUCAUAGAUCUCCUCCUGCUGCCACAUGCCCACACGGAAGAAACCUUCUGUUUCUGCCCCUUUGGGCGCCACGUUGGACUAGAGCCAGUUUGUGCCAAGUGUGCUUGUGUAAUGGUAUGUUAUAGCGGUUAGGAGUGUUCUUGGCCCGGAAUCUGGACCUUCAGGAUGGAGUCUCCUUCCUUGGAGGUUUUCAGGCAGAGGUUGGAUGGCCUCCUGUUGUGUCCGAUUCAGUUGAGACCCCUGCAUUGCAGGGGGUUGGACUAGAUGGCCCCUGGGGCUCCCUUUCGACUCUGCAGUUCUGUGAUUCUGUGUUGAUCCUGCAGCUCAGAUCUCUCUCUUCCAUGAGCACAUUCCCUCUCCUCCCCCCACCCCACGCCCUCCGGCAAGCCUGCCUCUUGGGAAUCUUUGCCUCUUGACGUUUCCAGCUGGCUAGAUGAGCCUGAGUGCUCUCUGAUAAGGAAAUCUUUAUGCGCUCGCACAGCUCUCCAAUGAAAGAGGUUCCACAGUGUGGAGCUAUGCAUUGUGUAGGCUGGGGGCAAAAGGCAGCCGCUCUUGGCAUACUAAACACAUUCAUUGAGGGCGGCCCACGUCAACUGAAGGGGCUUCAGCGGGGGAGGAGGGCGCGUGCAUGGAUUUUGUGCGCUGGUGCACUAUAGAUGUGGCCCUCCUCUCUUUCCCAUCUCCGUCAGCCACUUCCCUUUUGUUGGGGGGGGGGUAAGGCCCUGAAUGGCUCCUAGUCAUGCUGGCUCUGCGUCCUGCCCCCAGAAUCAGAGGCAGCAUGUGCCUUAAAUUCUGGCAACUGCAAGCGAAGAGAGUGGCGUUGCAUUUGGGCAUCUGGUUGGCCACUGUGAGAACAAGAUUCUGGGCUAGGUGGGCCCCCUUGGCGCUCUUAGGGUCUUAGGUCCUCACCUCCAGCGAUGCCGUGCGGCCCCUUUUUAUACAGUCUGCAGGAUUAUGGACUGAAAUGGUGCAGGGGCCUACUGAAGUUUUGCACAUAGACAACAUUGUUACAUAUACAGUGGUAACUCAGGUUACAGACGCUUCAGGUUACAGACUCCGCUAACCCAGAAAUAGUACCUCGGCUUAAGAACUUUGCUUCAGGGUGAGAACAGAAAUCGCACAGUGGCGGCAGCAGGAGGCCCCACUAGCUAAAGUGGUGCUUCAAGUUAAGAACAGUUACAGGUUAAGAAUGGACUUCCAGAACUAAUUAAGUUCUUAACCCGAGGUACCACUGUAGAAGAGUAGCAGGUUGGGGAGGCUAGGCUGCAAGCUCUUCUCCCUGCCUUCCUAAUAAUCAUAAUUUUAUUAUUUAUAUUCCCCAGCCACUCUGGGUGGCUCCCAAGAAAAUAUUAAAAGCACAAUAAAGCGCCAACCAUUAAAAACUUCCCUACACGGGGCUGCCUUCAGAUGUCUUCUAAAAGUCAAAUAGUUGUUUAUUUCCUUGACAUCUGAUGGGAGGGCAUUCCACAAGGUGGGUGCCACUACUGAACCAAGCCUUCUGCCUAGUUCCCCGUAACUUUGCUUCUCGCAGUGAAGGAACCGCCAGAAGACCCUUGGAGCUGGACCUCAGUGUCCCAGCUGAACGAUGGGGGUGGAGACGCUCCUUCAAAUAUACAGGGUCCAUAUUCCUAACUUCCUGUAUGGAGGCAAUUAUUUCCAGGGGGAAGCAUUCACCUCUCUCUCUUCCCACCCCCCACCACCAUAGCCUGAAGUGGUACAGUCCACGAAAAAAGCCUGCUGACUGUGUAAACUGGGACAGAAUCGCUCUUUGCAGAAAGAUCAGGGAUCCUUGGGAGGGCUGCAAGCGCUGAGGUCAGGUUUUCAAAUCCAAGGGAGCAAGGAGCGAGAGUGCCUUUCUGGAAUAUUUAUUUAUAAAUGCGUCCUUGCCACCAUCAUCCCCUGUAUAACUGUACAGUCACCGAGCCAAUUACCCGAAAGCUGUACUUUUCUCUGUGGGUGUGGGUGUUUAUUUGUGUUGCUGCUUUGGCCCACAUGUGAGGCUGUUGGCGGAGAGCGUUUUUUAAGCUCCUGGUCUGAGGAAUCUGCGCAUUUCCUCCCAGGGUAGAGUGAAGGUGGGAGCAUCUCGCUUGCUUUGGAUUUCGGCUGGAGGAACAUUCAUGGCAGCAGUCGGGUGUCACCAUGCUAAGCGUCUGGCUUACGAGUCCUGUUUUGGCCGAGGCGGAAUAACAGAAGUUUGUGUGCCCACUCGUCUAGUCUCUUCCUCUCCUUCACCAACCAGCCUCACUGGAGCCUUAGCGCUGCUUGUUUUGGAAAUAAAGCGUUGCAUGUAGGCUGCAAAUAGAAGGGAGGUUCUUGGUUCUAGUAGGUCACAGAUAACUGAAUGUGGACUUGCACCAUUUGCAUCUCUCUGAAACCAGUGUUAGAAACUCAGAUACGAAAGCUGGGUGCCAAAUGACUCCUUAAACCAGGGUUACAGUUGCCAACAUGGCAUGCCUAGUUUGCCAUUUUGGGGCCAGGAGGCUUGAAAGUUGUAUUUUUCAGUGUGACUUUUUGAUCCUGAAAUUUGUUCUGAUUUGGCAGAUAGAAUCUCACUGAUAGAAUUCUAAAGGGUGUGUUGUUAGCGUGUGAAAAAUAGGCAAGAUCCAAGGAUCCCCAGGCAUGCACCUUCAGACGGUGGAGAUGUCAGGCACCGUCCUGGCGCCCCGGUAUCUUCACAUAGUUGCAAGCGACUGAUAGCCAGGUGCAAAAUGUGCCUGGCAAAUUUCACAUGCUGUGUGAACCAAUGGUUGUUACGUUGGUGCUGGAAAUUUUUCCUUAAAGUCCUCCGGUGUAAAAGCAGCGCCACCAGGCCUCCUCUCCUGCAACUGUCAUUUGGGGCAGCCAUUCCACCAGACUGCGUCAGCAGGAGAGAUAGGAAGCAGGGCUAUCACUUGAUCAGCUUUACUGAAAGGCCAGCUCCAUCAAGCACUUCCUGCCCCUGAACUGUGCCUGCUGGUCAGUAUAGAAACAGCUGUUUAGAAAUGGGUGCCUGAGUUUUGAUUUUUCUUUUUCCCUCCUUGUUCCCUUCCCCUUGAGUGUCUUUUCUUUGAGAUUGUAAUCUGUGGGGCAGGGACUGUUCUGUUUUGAUGGGAUGUAAGCCGCUCUUGUACCUGAAGAGCCAGGUACAAAUGCUCUAAAUAAAUCAGCAUGGCAGAAAGGGCCCUUGUGAGUGAAAGGAGCGAUCCUUGGAAGCUCUCCUGCUAACACCCACAUAUCUAUACUGCAGGCGUCGCACAGGCCUUGCCUCCCAAAUACUUCAGCGCUCUUGCAGGAGUUUCUUGUGGUGGAUUGUGGUGUGGUUGGGGUUGGGUGUCUCGGUUCCAGACACCGCAGUCUGUUUUCAGUCUGGCAGGGUGUCCUUCAGAGUGUUCUAGCAGAUGUGUGGGUCUGGUUUUGAACGGGGAAAAAUAAUAAUCUGCAUGCCUGGCCUGGCCUGGCCUGGCUGUUGUGUCCUCUCGCUUGCUUGUAGCAUGCAACUGAUCUGUGCGCUGUGCAGAAUGUGAUAAGAGCCGGCGCAAAAGUAUAGGAUCAGGCCUUGAGGAGGGGAGGGGGGACAAAGCAACACAUCUCUGCUUAGGAAGCCAGUGGAAAAGGUGGGAUGUGAAAGUUGCUUUGCGUUUGAAGUGCUUGGCAGGUGCAGAGGGGAGGGGAGGGAAAGGUUCUUGCAUUGACCCCAGAGGAUGUGUACAUGAUAUGUGAGGGAGGAGUAAGCCUUUUCCUGGGCCACCAGUGGAAGGCCACAUGAGUGUGGAGUCUUGCAAAUCCCCCCCCUUUUUUUUCUGUCAAGAGGAAGAGACGGUGGCCAUGCUGUGAUUGGAAGGCUCUGAAAUCAGAGCUUUGCAGACUGAUGCAGCAUAAAUGACGGCAUUUUACGUAGAUAGCAUCUUGGUUUGUGCCUUCAGAUAACAAAUCUAGAGGCUUUACCAUUUCCUUCAAGCCAUUUCUUUUUGAGUCAAGCGUUGUUAUCGCCUGCAUUUGUGGUUUUCAUGGAAGGUUCAAUGCACGGAUGGAAUGGGUGUAUAUGGGGAAAUUACUUCAGAAUUAAGAGCAGCUUCCUUAAAGGCCUUGCUUCUCCAGUGUGUGAGCAACAGCGCCCCCUCCCGACGCCCGCAUGCUUCUGUACGCUUCAUUUUGUGUGUGCGUGUGUGCCAAAACUGACCAGCUGCCAGGCAUCCACCAGGCCCCUUAAUUUCUUUUUUUGUUUUGUUUUUGUGUUGCUCACCUUAUUUUCUUUUGUGUUUGUGUUUGUCUUUUUUUCUCCCUCCCCUCCCCGCCGCUUCCGUUUUCCAUGCCCCGCGCAUAAAGACCAUCGUGCGGGGGAACAAGGCGGCCAAGGACGGCUCCCUGGCCUGGCUGCUGGAUGAGUUUGAGAACAUGUCCGUGUCGCGCUCCAACUCCCUGCGCAGGGACAGCCCCCCCUUCCCGCCUCGGCACGACCAGCUCUACCAGGAGAACGGCCUGAGCGAGGCCCUGGCCAGGCCCUCCCGCCACCACCACCACCAUCACUACCCUGCUGCCGUCGCUGAGGAAGACUCUGGGGGCAGCAGGGGCAAGGAGCUGAAGGAGCGGAACCGCCAUGGCUCCCGGAACGAGCUGGACCAGAGCCGGGAGAGGAGCCGGGAAGACAGGACAGCCGCACAGCACCCCCGGGGGCAGGAGCCCACGGGCAAACCUCACCACCGGCCACCCCCUCCAGACUACCACAAGCCCUUCUCGGACCACAGGCACCGGCCACACGAGCGAGACGGGAGGAGGGAGACGGCCGCCGAGAAGGAGCCGUCGGAGCGCGUGGUCAGAAGGGAGCGUGUGGACGGCCCCGACAAAAGACCUAAAUCGACCUACACCGGGGAGACCAGCCCGCAGUCCCCCCGGGAAAAGAGGCCUCUUUCGGGACCCAAUAUCCGGACCCCAAAUAUCCCCAUCUCCGAGGGGGUCAUGAAAACGGCACAGCAGACCGGGCGGCCUUUUAACACGUACCCGCGAGCGGACACAGAUCCCGUCCGGGGUGCUCAGGUAACGUUUCCCCAUACCUCCCGCCUUGUAAGUUGUGGCUCUCUAGCCCUGGCCAGCCAGGACUGACCCUCCGCAAGUGCCUUUUCCCUGGAGCACAAGCUCAUCAGCAAGUGAAGAUGCCUCCUGCUUUUAAAAGGGAUUUGCGUCUUACUGCCAGCAUCCCUGAGUGGCUGAUGGUGUGAUGGGCAGUGGGCACCUUCUGAGCCGCGAAGCCAAGCUCUUCUGCAGAAGCCCCACCCUGUAGAGACCUCCAGAGGCUGGCUCUUUGCUCUGCUCCCUGCCGUCUCGCUGUGUCUCCUCUUUCUCGGGCCUUCCUUCCUCCUCGGAGCAGCGCUCCCUCGCUUUGCAACCUGCUGUCUUCCUGCAACGUCUGGGUGUCCGUCCUGCCUUUCCUCUCCUCUGCUGUCACAGCCCUUGCUCCCACUAACCUGAGCUACUCUGGUGCUGUCCACCUUCUGAAGGAAGCGCUCCUCUCUCUGCUCUUUUCCCUCCGCGUGCCUUUCUCUAACCGCCCUCCGCAGCCCCACGGCCUCCUGCACAGUGACUCUGUCUCUCUCUCUGUAGAAGCGCUGCAGCAAAGCAGCCACGUACUGCGCUGUGGGUGCCACAAGCCUCCAUCGCAAGGGAAUCUACCGUACAACUGUCAGGUGUCUGGAACCCUUUUUUUCUUGCACCUCUGCCACUUUUCUUCCUCCUCUUCCUCUUCCUCCAAGGGCACCGCCAUCCUUAGCUUCAACCUUCUUUUGCGUCUAGCUAACCACUAUCAUCUCCGCCUCGGUUCCUGUCCUUUGUGCUAAUCUAGCAGGGGGUCCUGCCGCUUUCCUGCUGUGUGCCUAUGUGUGUGUGUGUGUGUGUGUGUGUUCUGGGCAUAACUCUGCCACAGGCAACAGGAGAGAUGAGGUACAGAAGAUAGAUGCAGCUCCUGCUGCUUUCUGGGUCCUCCGCCUGCUCCCAUUUGCAGGCUUCAUCUCUGCCAUCUCCAGUUAAAAGAGAACCUGGUUCGUGGGCUUUCCAGAGGGCAUCUGAUUCCACACUGUGGGGAGGAAAAUGCAGGGCUAGGUGUAAAUCUAGUCUGAUCAAGCAGGCUGCUUUUACUUUCUUAUGGCAUGGGUUAAAAGGGCUGGGGAGACACCUCUGUAUAUCUGGGUCUCUUGAGGCAUUACUGAAUUGCAGGGGGCUGGACUAAAUGACUCUAUGGGUCCCUUCCAACUCUACAAUUCUAUGAUUCUGCUGUUGGGCAGAGAAGAUGGUCGUGGGCUGAAUGGAUCAGCAGUCUCUUACUCCAUAUUAGUCCGUAAGAGCUACCCACAAGUCUCUCUCCGUCAGUGCUCUUCAACGGUUGGGUGCCCAGGUGUUGUUGGACUACAAAACCUAUCACCCCCCCCCCCAGUUUAGCUAAUGGUCAGGGAUGAUGGGAGUUGUAGUCUGGCAACAUCUGGGGAUCCAAGGUUGGAGGGCGCUGCUCAUUCCGGGGCGGGUGGGGGUUUCAGAACACAUGACCUGUUUUGGCGAGAUCCAUACUUCACAUAUUAUCGGAACCGGCGGUGGUGAAUCUCAAGUCCUAAGGCACCAACAUCACCGUAUUGGUUUCUGGCACUCAGUGCUCCGGUUGAGGGUCCCUUGGCAACCGGGCAGCUGGAGUGUGACCUUCUCUGCCCCUUCCCUUUGUAGUGAGUAGUCUGAGGGUAUUGUCAGCCCUUCCACACUUGCCUGAAAGUAGACACUGCUGGGGGUUGGACUAGAUGACCCCCCUGGUCUCUUCCAAGUUUACAGUUCUGUGAUUCUCUGAUCUUUCCCGUCCUUCCGAGUUGCUGAUGUAACCAUUUCACCCCACCCACCCCUGCUUCUUUUAGGCAGAGCACAGGCCUGGGAAACCCCAAGAAACCGCCUCCAACGGCCCCAUAAGUGGCAACAGCAGCUCCUCCAGGCCCCCACCAUCGGGCCCAACGAGAUCCCGGAACCCAGAGCCGCCCCACCCAGGACUCUCCCAGCACGCCUCGGACCCCCACUUGACGCACGUCCCGCCGCCCGCCCACCAGCCGCCCUACUCUCAGCAGCCCCCUCCCCAGCACCCGCCCCCGCAGCCCCCGGGCCCCCCUCCCCCGGCCCCGCAGCAGCCCCGCUCCCCGCAGCGAGAGCCCCAGCGGGUCUCCCACGAACAGUUCCGGGCCGCCCUGCAGAUGGUGGUGGACCCGGGCGACCCCAGGACCUACCUGGACAACUUCAUCAAGAUCGGGGAGGGUUCCACCGGCAUCGUCUGCAUCGCCACCAUCAAGAGCUCCGGGAAGCUGGUGGCCGUCAAGAAGAUGGACCUGCGCAAGCAGCAGCGGCGGGAGCUGCUCUUCAACGAGGUGAGGGGCCGGGAGGUGGGGUGGAGAAACGCCCCCGCUCCGUAGCCUCGCUUCCUGUUCUUCUUCCCCUGUGUGUGUGUUGAGAAUGGUGUUCCCCUUCCCCAAAGGGUAUCGGGUGGGGUGUCCUGGCAGCAGAGGUGGCUAGUAUAAAAAGGGUAAAGGGACCCCUGACCAUUAGGUCCAGUCCUGACCGACUCUGGGGUUGCGGCGCUCAUCUCGCUUUACUGGCCGAGGGAGCCGGCGUACAGCUUCCGGGUCAUGUGGCCAGCAUGAUCAAGCCGCUUCUGGCAAACCAGAGCAGCGCACGGAAACGCCGUUUAUCUUCCCACCAGAGCGGUACCUAUUUAUCUACUUGCAAUUUGACGUGCUUUCGAACUGCUAGGUUGGCAGGAGCAGGGACCGAGCAACGGGAGCUCACCUUGUUGCGGGGAUUCGAACCGCCGGCCUUCUGAUCGGCAAGUUCUAGGCUCUGUGGUUUAACCCACAGCGCCACCGAAAGCCCUUAACACAGCCUUUCUCAAACUUGGGUCUCCGGCUGAUGUUGCACUGCAACUCCCAUCAUCCCUAGCUAGCAGGACCAGCAGUCGGGGAUGAUGGGAGUUGUAGUCCAGCAACAGCUGGGCACCCAAAGUCUUCACAACUUGGGACCAGUUCACCUGCGAGAUCGCCUCGCCCCCUUCGACUGCUCUGCGGAACUGGCACUCUUCCAGGUGCCGUGCAGUGCUUUUUUUCCUUAAAAAAAAUGUUUAGGGGUACUCUUACUUUCCUACUCAUAUUGAAAUACUGCCCCUCAAUGAAGCCAAACUUAGAUUCACAAAAUGUUUAGGGGUAUGCAUACCCCUGCGCCCCCCCCCCCCCGAAAAAAAAGCACUGGUGCCAUGUAACACCCGUUCCAUAUUUUGACAUGGCAGCACUUACACUUUGGAACUCCCUGCCUCUUGAGAUCGGACAGAUGCCUUCACUGUACUUUUUUGGGCAUGUAUUAAUAACAUUUUUGCUUUGACAAGCCUGCCCAGACAUUUCAAAAGUUGAUGUGAGUGUUAAUCUGUUCUUAAAGGUAAAGGUAAAGGGACCCCUGACCAUUAGGUCUGGUCGUGGACGACUCUGGGGUUGUGGAGCUCAUCUCGCUUUACUGGCCGAGGGAGCCGGCGUUUGUCCGCAGACAGCUUCCAUGUCAUGUGGCCAGCAUGACUAAGCCACUUCUGGCGAACCAGACCAGCGCACGGAAACGUUGUUUACCUUCCCGCUAUUUAUCUACUUGCACUUCGACGUGCUUUCGAACUGCUAGGUUGGCAGGAGCAGGGACAGAGCAACGGGAGCUCACCCCGUUGCGGGGAUUCGAACCGCCAACCUUCUGAUCAGCAAGCCCUAGGCUCUGUGGUUUAACCCACAGCGCCACCUGCGUCCCUAAAUCUGUUCUUAGUUUGCUGUUAUUUUGACUUGUUACUUUAGCCGCAGGAGGGGAGAGUUGCUCUUGCGCUCAGAUCCUACUUCCGGGUUUCUCUUUGGGGCACCUGGUUGGCCACUACGAAAACUGGAUGCUGGGCUAGAUGGGCCACUGGCCUCAUCCAGCAGGCACUUUUUGGGUCCUUAUCCAGUGGCUCUUCCUCCCUCCCAGCUGCCACUGUCCAUUUCUCCCCUUUCAGGUUGUGAUCAUGAGAGACUAUCAGCACGAGAAUGUGGUGGAGAUGUACAACAGCUACCUGGUGGGCGAUGAGCUAUGGGUCGUCAUGGAGUUCCUGGAAGGAGGCGCUUUGACGGACAUUGUCACACACACAAGGUAUGGGGAGCGGAAGUCUUGAGCCCCUUCUCUUCCGGGACUCUGCUGCUGUUUUACCCAUUUUCCUUACAGAGUUUUCUUGAGUCCGCCUGGACAGUAGGGCUGGGCGAUAUAUCUAUAUAUCGUCCCAAACCGGUUUGAAGUCCAUAUUAUGAUAUUGGUUUCAUAAUUUUUGACCUGGUAGUGUAUUGUGCAAAUCACGGUAUGUGUGUGUUUGUGUGCACUAUGCAAAAAUCACAAUGCAGGGAAAACCAUGAAGCCAGCCAAUGUCUCUACAUAGUGCCAUCCUUAUUUCAGACAUUGUGAUAUAUCGGUAUAUCGCGAUGUUUAUCUGGUUAUAUAUCACAAUUUUGAAAACCAGAUAUUGCCCAGCCCUGCUGUACAGAGAGCCUUGUUCUCCCAACAGCGGCCGGCUGGGCAUACACUGACUUUUGUGACCAGCUAAAAGAAGCCAGGAGUGUGCAUGUGUUGAUGUAAAGGCCUUUGGGGAAAAGAAGCAUUUCCAAAGCUUUGCAGCGUGGGCAGGGAAAGAAGUGUUUGUUUUUAAGUGCUCCUCAAUGGCCUGACCUUGCUCUUUCUUCACUUGAAAGGCAGUCCCGUGUGGCUGAGUUGGAACUGGGACGCAGCUGAAAGUCCCUUUUCUACUCCAGCUGGGAGCAGAGCUUCAGAAGAUGGUUCUCUCUCCGACGUCAGGGCCGGCUCCUGCUGGAUGUCCAGAACUUGUGGACAUGCAAUGGAGCUGAAUAGUGGAAGAUUCAGGACACAUAAAAGGAAGUCCUCAUUCACCCAGCCCCUAGUUAAACUGUGGAACUCACUCCCACAUCUUUCUCCUAGUUAACUGCGUAUAGAAUUUCAGCCUGUACAGAAUGACCGUUAAAAUACAUAACUUUCCCCCCUAAUGGUUAUGUUUUUAAAGGAAAAAUUAUCUCGGUAUGAAAUGUCAAAAGGUAUAAUUCAAGCAGAUUAUCGAAAAGAGCAGCUAUGCAGAGAGCAGCAUGUAGAUUCAGAUGUUGGCCAAGUUUUGCCCAAAGAUGAACCUUAGGAAAACAAAGGUAGAAACCAGAUGAGUGAAUGUUUGAGAAAGUGCAACUUUAAAAGAGAAUAAGACAGAUUCAUGGAGGAGAUGGCUCUUGAUGGCUGCUAGCCAGGAUGGCUGUGUUCUGCCUCCACAGUCGGAGGCAGCAGUGUAUCCGAACCCCAGUUUCUGGAAACCCCAGGAGGGGAGAGGGCACUUGUUGGUCGAAUCCUGCCUACAGGUUUCCCACAGAAAGGGAUGUCUUGGAGAGACAGGAAGACGAACCAAAGUUUUUAUUCCACAUCACCAACUCCUCUUUAAAAUGAAAGCAAUGGGAGGUUUUUCUCACUCUCUCCAAAUGCCAGAACUUCGGUUUGGGACAGGCCACAGAGGGUCCCCUCACACAGCACAGAAUAGAUUCAUGGAAUUUUCUGCCACGGAAUGUGAUGAGGGCUGCUGCCUUAAAGGUAAAGGGACCCCUGACCAUUAGGUCCAGUCAUGGCCGACUCUGGGGCUGCGGCGCUCAUCUCGCUUUACUGGCCGAGGGAGCCGGCGUACAGCUUCCGGGUCAUGUGGCCAGCAGGACUAAGCUGCUUCUGGUGAACCAGAGCUGUGCAUGGAAACGCCGUUUACCUUCCCGCCAGAGCGGUACCUAUUUAUCUACUUGCACUUGGACGUGCUUUUGAACUGCUAGGUUGGCAGGAGCAGGGACUGAGCAACGGGAGCUCACCCCGUCGCAGGGAUUCGAACUGCCGACCUUCUGAUCGGCAAGCCCUAGGCUCUGUGGUUUAACCCACAGCACCACCCACAUCCCUGGCUUAGGUGACUUUAAAAGGCAGCUUCAUAAAUCCGUGAAGGAGCAGGAGGGAGAAGGCUGUCACUGACUAUUUGCCAUCUUAGCUAAAUGGGACGCACUCUUAUGUCCAGGAGGCGCCUGACCCAGAAUUUUUGCCGCUUGGGGAAACAAGGAUGGGCGAAAGGUUGUCGCCUUGAUGCCCUGAUUGUGGGCUUCCCAAAAGGGGAUCCGGUUGACCUCUAGAAGCUGUGGGUGAGGUGGACCCACCGAGGUCUGAACCAGCCAGGCUGCUCUUUUAACAGGUGCUGUGCUCUUACUCCCUUUCCAGGAUGAACGAGGAGCAGAUUGCGGCCGUCUGUCUGUCUGUCCUCAAGGCGCUCUCCGUCCUCCAUGCCCAGGGUGUCAUCCACCGAGAUAUCAAGAGUGACUCCAUUCUGCUCACACACGAUGGCCGGGUGAGUUGCACGUGGUCCCAGGUGCUGAUUUUAAGCUCAAGGAAAACGUAGGAGGAGGUGCCAACUAAACAUCAGGCAGAACUUUCUGGCAAAAUAAAAAAAUUCCUUCCAGUAGCACCUUAGAGACCAACUAAGUUUGUUAUUGGUAUGAGCUUUCGUGUGCAUGCACACUUCUUCAGAUACACUGAAACAGAAGUCACCAGACCCUGAUAUAUAGUGAGAGGGUGGGGAGGGGUAUUACUCAGAAGGGUGGUGGGAAUGGGUGAUUGGCUGAUAGGUGUGGGGGUAGAAACAUAAUAAUAAUAAUAAUACUAAUAAUAAUAAUAAUAAUAAUAACUAUUUAUUAUUUAUACCCCGCCCAUCUGCCUGGGCUUCCCCAGCCACUCUGGGCGGCUUCCAAAAAAAAUUAAAAUACUGUAAUACAUCAAACAUUGAAAGCUUCCCUAAACAGAGUAAAACAGGUGUAGGCAACCUAAGGCCUGGGGGCUGGAUGCGGCCCAAUCGCCUUCUCAAUCCAGCCUGCGGACAGUCCAGGAAUCAGCGUGUUUUUACAUUACAUUGAAUGAGUUGAAUGUGUGCUUUUAUAUAAAAUGCAUCUCUGGGUUAUUUCUGGGGCAUAGGAAUUUGUUCAUUAUUUUUUUCAAAAUAUACUCCGGCCCCCCCACAAGGUCUGAGGGACGGUGGACCGGCCCACAGCUCAAAAAGGUUGCUGACCCCUGGAGUAAAAUAAUGUCCCUGCCCCUGUUCACCUCUUGCUGAAAUUGCCUGGUCCUGCAGUGCCACCUGGCGGUGACUCUUCAGUGGUGUCAGGCGGCCCCAAGACUUCUGAGGAGAGCUUAAAAACAUAGAGUCAUAGAGUUGGAGGGGACCCCAAGGGCCAUCUAGCCCAACCUCAAUGCACUGCAGGAAUCUCAAUUAAAUCAUACGCAACCUCCAACGAAAGAGAGUCCACCACUUUCUGAGGGAGUCCAUUCCACUGUCAGCCAGCUCUCACUGUCAAAAAGUUCUUCCUAAUGUUUAGUUGAAACCCUAAUAAUAAUAAUAAUAAUAAUAAUAAUAUAUUUAUACCCUGCCCAUCCGGUUGAGUUUCCCCAGCCACUCUGGGCAGCUCCCAAUCAAGUGUUAAAAACAAUACAGCAUUAAAUAUUAAAAACUUCCCUGAACAGGGUUGCCUUCAGAUGUCUUUUAAAAAUAAGAUAGCUGCUUAUUUCCUUGACAUCUGACGGAAGGGUGUUCCACAGGGCGGGUGCCACAGAGAAGGCCCUCUGCCUGGUUCCCUGUGACCUCACUUCUCACCAUAUUCAGACUUGUGAGAAGGCAGAAUUUUUUAUAGCACCCUCUGGAUUCUCAGUUGCUUCCUCUGUCUUCUCUCCCCUGGAAGUCCCAAAGCAAUUACGUUCAAUAAUGGUUUGAAAUUUCUGCCAAUAUUUUUUUUAAAAAAUUGUAUUGUACUUGCGGGACGUGGGUGGCGCUGUGGGUUAAACCACAGAGCCUAGGACUUGCCUAUCAGAAGGUCGGUGGUUCGAAUUCCUGCGACGGGGUGAGCUCCCGUUGCUCGGUCCCUGCUCCUGCCAACCUAGCAGUUCGAAAGCACGUCAGAGUGCAAGUAGAUAAAUAGGUACCGCUCUGGCGGGAAGGUAAACGGUGUUUCCGUGAGCUGCUCUGGUUCGCCAGAAGCGGCUUAGUCCUGCUGGCCACAUGACCCGGAAGCUGUACGCCGGCUCUCUCAGCCAGUAAAGCGAGAUGAGCACCGCAACCCCAGAGUCGUCCGCGACUGGACCUAAUGGUCAGGGGUCCCUUUACCUUUACCUUUUAUUGUACCUGUGCACGCAGCAAAUUUUCAUGGGCUCCUGCACUGUUGUGAAGAAAUCCAAUUCUCUUUAACCCACGGGUUCCACACGUCUCUGAACCAGAGUGUUUCUAGGGUUGAGCAGUGAAGUGCCCCAAAACAGUUUCAGGAUGACAGCAUGCUUGGGUCUAGACCAGUGGUUCCCAAAGUAGGUGGUACCCUCCGGGGUGGGGAAGUGGGAUUCCCUAGUGGGGUGCUAAGAGGCAAGGGGUCAGCAUGGGGGGCGUUGAAAAUGUAAAUGACUAUCAGAUUUUGAAAAGCUGCUAUCCUAGGAUCAACCAAGCUCAUCCAUUUUGUUGAAUUAAUCAAACAAAAUAGAUUUAAUUGGGUUUUGAAUAAAUGCUCAAUUACUGUUUCGAUUUUUACUGUGUUACUAUCUUCCUUGGUGGGUCGUGCAAACUGCUCUUCUGAAUAAUGCUUUUUAUAGGGUAAGGGAGGAGGAACCUGGGUUGAGUUUAUGGCUGGGGAAACCCAACCAGAUGGGCAGGGUAUAAACAAUAAAUAAUCAUUAUUAUAACCAAGGUGGGGGCUGUGGACCCAAAAAGUUUGGGAACCACUGGCUUAGGAGUGGGGCAUGUUAGGCCCUUGAACUGAGGUUUAGACUAAGUAUGGAAUUGAGCCUCACAUUAAUGGGGUGGGGGAAUCGCUCAAUGGCAGCACGCAAACUUGGCACACGGAAUAAAAGUCCUUGGUUCACUCGUUGCCACCUCCAGCUUCAAAGGACAUCUGGUAGCCAGGAUUGGCCGCUUGCCGCUUGUCAAAAUAGAGAGAACUGGGCUAGGCUGACCAGAGGGGUGAUUCAUCGCGAUAAGGCAAAUCCAUAUAUUUGUGGGAGUUUGUCCGCCUCUCGUCACGUCUUUUAAAAAACGGAAUAUUGCUGAUCUGCACUGCGAAGGCUGGAAAGAUGCUUCCCGCAGCAGACCUCGUGAGCAAACUCACCCUGAGCCUACUCCAGCCACUGACAUGCUUCCUUCGCUUGGCUCUCCCUUCCAGGUCAAACUCUCCGACUUCGGGUUCUGUGCGCAAGUGAACAAGGAGGUUCCGCGGCGCAAGUCCCUGGUUGGCACCCCUUACUGGAUGGCGCCAGAGCUCAUCUCCCGGUUGCCCUAUGGGCCAGAGGUAAGAGGGCUUCAACUUCCUAAACCUCCGGCUUUGCCUAAACAGAAACGUUUUCAGCAGAUGCUGAAAGAAUGCAGUGAAGGCACUUGCCUGAUAUCAAGAGGCAGGGAGUUCCAGAGGGUAUGUGCCGCCACGUUCCACUGAUCAAAGCAGUCAGGUGGUCAUUUGCAUGGUUUUGAUGAAGUUCUCAUUUUCUCUUAUCAGCAGAUAUAUUUUUUUUGCCUCCGUCGUCCAUCCUGAGCUUUCAGGAAGCUGUAAAAUCCAAAUGGAACGGAAAGCCUGCUACCGGGCAGAAUUGCUAGUCCAGUAGGGCCCCCAUUUUGCAAACCAGUUACAAAACUGUCCUGGCUGGGGGUGGGGGGGGCGGAGGCACCUUUUGCUCUUGUUCCCCUUUCUCAAUUCCCCUCUCCCCCCUCCCCCCUCCUUCUGUUUCAGGUGGACAUCUGGUCCCUCGGCGUUAUGGUGAUAGAAAUGGUGGAUGGGGAGCCCCCUUAUUUCAACGAGCCCCCUUUGAAGGCCAUGAAGAUGAUCCGGGACAACCUGCCCCCCAAGCUCAAAAACGUGCACAAGGUAAGAAACUCCUUUUCCUUCUCUCUUACUUUUCCUUGCUUGACUUCCCCACCUUGGAAGGAUCAGGUUCAGGACCGAAAUUUGUUGUCGGGCCUCUAAGGAUGAGGAUCACAGGGUCUGGGUCAGGUCAUACGACGAGAAGCAGUGCUGAGCCAUUUGGGUUAGAGAGCCAGUGUGGUGAUGAUGAUGAUGAUGAUGAUGAUGAUUUUAUUUGUACCCCACCCUCCCCAGCCGCAGUUGGGCUCAGGGCGGCUAACAUCAUAAAACUAACACAGUAUACAAAGAAUAUAAGAACAUAAAAACAGGCACUCAAUUAAAAUACAUCUUAAAAUUAGUUCAGAGGAAAUUAAAAUCUGGACAGAUGGCCGUCCAUGGGUAAAAUUGAGAGUGAUUAAUAUUCUCCAGGGCCAGCUGUUACCACUGGUCUUAUAAAGGACCUGUGAGUGGGCUAGGAGGCCUCUUUAAUGCUUGUUCUUAUACAGAAAGAAAAGAAUCAGACUGAACCCCGACCAAAGAACCAGCGGAACAGCUCCGUCUUGCAGACCCUGUGGAAAGAUGUCAAAUCCCGCAGGGCCCUGGUCUCUUGUGAGAGAGCGUUCCACCAGGCCGGGGCCACAGCCGAAAAGGCCCUGGCUCUGGUCGAGGCCAGUCUAAUCUCCCUGGGGCCUGGGAUCUUCAGGGUGUUAUUAUUUGCAGACCUUAAGGUCCUCCACGGGGCAUACCAGGAGAGAAGGUCCCGUAGGUACGAGGGUCCUAGGCCGUAUAGGGCUUUAAAGGUUAAAACCAGCACCUUAAACCUGAUCCUGUACUCCACCGGGAGUCAGUGCAGCUGGUAUAGCACUGGAUGAAUGUGAUCCCGUGGCGAGAACCCCGUGAGGAGUCUCACCGCAGCAUUCUGCACCAGCUGGAGUUUCUGGGUCUGUUUCAAGGGCAGCCCCACAUAGAGUGAGUUACAAUAAUCAAGCCUGGAGGUGACUGUCACAUGGGGAUCAUAGUGGUGAGGUCAGGGGGAGAGAGAUAAGGGACCAACUGGCUUAGCUCGGCGGAGAUGAAAAAAUGCCACCUUUGUUGUAGCUGUAACCUGCACCUUCAUAGAAAGGGAGGCGUCGAAGAUUACACCCAAACUCUUGACGAAGGCGCUGGCACUAAUUGCGCCCCUGCAAGGGAUGGGAGUGGUUAGAGAGCUGGGCUAGGACCUGGGGGAGACCAGGGUUUGAAUCCCCACUCAGCGAGGAUGAAGCUCACUGGGUGACCUUUGGCCAGUCACUGCCUCUCUCAGCCUAACCUACCUCACAGGGUUGUUGUGGGGAUUAAAUAAGGACCUGAAGGAGCAUCUCCACCUCCAUCGUUCUGCCCGGACACUGAGGUCCAGCACUGAGGGCCUUCUGGCGGUUCCCUCAUUGCAAGAAGCCAAGUUACAGGGAACCAGGCAGAGGGCCUUCUCGGUGGUGGCGCCCUCCCACCAGAUGUCAAAGAGAAAAAUAACUACCAAACUUUUGGAAGACAUCUGAAGGCAGCCCUCUUUAGGGAAGCUUUUAAUGUUUAAUAGGUUAUUGUAUUUUAGUGUUUUGUUGGAAGCCGCCCAGAGUGGCUGGGGAAACCCAGCCAGGUGGGCGGGGUAUAAAUAUAUUAUUAUUAUUAGGCUUGUAUAGAGGCAUUUCCCCCCCCCCCAGCUUAACUUUACACGUGCAUGGAAAUUAAGCCAUAUUCUUAGAGUAAAAGCAAUCAUCCGUCAAAGCAUAUACUAUAAUUCCGACUGCAGGUGCUCCCCCUUCCUGUUUCUGCCCUCUUUACCCUUCUGCCCCAAAUGCGACUCAUGCCCCUCCUUUCCCCUCCUUUCUCCGCAGGUCUCUCCCUCCCUGAAGGGCUUCCUUGACCGCCUGCUGGUCAGGGACCCAGCCCAGCGAGCCACCGCCAACGAACUCUUGAAGCACCCCUUCCUGGGGAAAGCCGGCCCCCCUUCCUGCAUCGUGCCCCUGAUGAGGCAGAACCGGAUGAGAUGAAAGAGGCGACAUAAACUGGACCAUCUUACCAAAGAGAGAGAGAGAGAAGACACCUCCGUCGUCCCUGGCCAACCCCCCACCCCACCCCAACGGCAGCUGGAAACCCUCCAGGGACAACGGGCCCGCCGUGGCAUCUCCCUGCUGAAAGAGGGGGCUUCUCUUCCUUCCUCCGGGCGGCGUGGCCAGGGAGACGUCUCACCUCUGCGUUCCACCCUCAGGCCGACCCUCCCUUGAGGGACUCCUCUACGUCCGCCGCUGAUGCUGGAGACACAAGUCCCACGAACAACUCCCACCUCCGGCGAGGGGGACGCCCUCUCUGCGCCACUCUUCCGUACUACUGAGCCCGGAGCAGGGUUUAGUGCCCUGGAGGGAGGGGGGGUUGUUUUUUUUUAACAAAAAGACUGUAACAUUUCCGAUUGCUGUUUAGCCGUUCAUAUCACACAAGUCUGGGGCAGCGGCGAUUUGGGUGGGUAGGGGAGAGAUCGUAACACAACCCCUCUCCGGUCCGAGUCCCCUCUCUCAUUCUUCCCUCCUUGGUAGCACGUCUUUCCUCCCAGAUAGCGAGAGGACAGAGGUGGCGGGGGCCGUUGGCAAGGAGUGUCCCAGAGAGGGGGUGGGAGGGCAGGGAAGCCGCCCUCCCCACAGUCCGGUCAGAUUUCUGGGGACUUCCGUUGAGCCAAGGUUGUCUCUCCCCUCUCCCUGCCCCCCAAGAGCCAAACCUGCCUCAGAUUUUUAAACUGGGGAGAAACACUGCUUCUCUUGGUAUUGGAGAGGAAGGGAAGGAAGCGAGGUGGGUUUUCUCAGGGGCUCCCAUCUCAGGCAAACGAGACUCUCAGCUCUGCAAAACAGCCCUUUUUUUUUAGAAAAGAAAAACCUCCCUCCGUAAUUUCCUCCGUGCUCUUAACUGCCAGUUAAAGAGUUUCAGGCCCUCUUCCCAAAUCGAGACGGCCGCUUCCACCUACCCAGCCCGGUUCUCUCGUUUUUAAAACGCUCCCUCUUCACAGGGGUUGUGCCCUUCCUGAGCUCCUUCCCCAACCCACGUCUCCCGCUGCUCAGGCAGGAACUGCAGUCGUCACUGGGGAUCCUGACCCGGGAAGGCUGCUUUUAAUCGCAAGUCUGCCUCUUCGUCCCUGGUCUCUGCGCCUCUUGUCGCCGCUUGGCCAGAAUGGAGCUGCCCUGGCCCCUCUCUCCUCCUUGUCUUCUCUUUCCCCUUUGCUCUUUCUCCCCGCCUGACGUUGCCGCGCUGAGCUUGCUUCCUGCCUUCGAUAGUGGCAUCCGUUGCCCCUCUGCUUGCUCUUGAGCUUUGUACUCCCCACCCCAGGCAAAAUUGCGACUAGCAAGUUUCUUCGGCCUGGAGGGCAGGCUGGAUUUUUGGAAGUCCCCCUUGUGGGCUUUGUUCUGCUCUUGGCCUAGGGUGUGCCAAGAACAGGCCUUGUUCUGGUUUUAUUUUUUGUCCUGUCUCGCAGCGGGGAGGCUUCCUCUGGACUUCUCCUUUGUGGCUGGUGACGCUCAGCUUGGAGGGUGACUUUGUCUGCCGCUCGCAAUGUCACAAGUGUGACGUGGGGCUCCUGGGGUCAGGCGGCCGCGCGCCUCUUGGUGUUGCUCACCAGACCUGGAAACCUGCAAACCUUGAGCAUAGCCUAGGAAGCAGUGUUAGGCAGGACGAAAAGGGAGCAGGAAGAGCAAAUGAGCUUUCUGGGCGUUUCUCUGUGAGACUGAACCCGUCCGUGGUUGUGAUGCUCUGUCGCUUUGCUCCCCUCCGGCUGAACAAGCAGUGGGAUACCAGCAACAGCGCCUCUCCUGUCAUUGCACCCCACCCCAGCUUAUUGCUAGGCUGGGGGGGCGAGAAGAUAGGGAGAUCACUGCUCCUACCUUCCUAGUCUUUAAAAUAGAGGCCAGUACGAGCUUGCAAAGUGGCACUUCCCAUAGCUCUUGCAUUGUUGGCUUUUUUUGAGGGGGGGGGGUCCGCUUUGCCAGUUGUUGGGAAGCAGCAGCAAAAGCCAGAGACCACCCCCUUGGCUCCCAACAUGUCCCUGUGCGCCGUCUUGUGGCAUGGGCAAGGCAGGAAUGUCAGUGGCAGGACAGCGGCUUGAGAGAUGAAGGCCGCCGGGUUUGCUAGCCCUGGGUUAGAUCGGAAGCUCAAGUCCGUCCUUCCCUCUGGGUUGGAGAGGGCUUGAGCCCCCCAUGGCAGGAGAGUGGGGAUGGGUCUGUCAUUCGCAGAGCUUUCUGGAAAGGAGGCUUGCUUGGGGGCCCAGGAGACACCGGGAGUCCCCUGGUGUGAGGGGAGGGGAGCAGGCAGAGGUCCCUCCCCUUUGUAAAGUAGGUGCGGCUGCCUUGAGGAACAGAGCUGGCCUCCAGAGGUCUCCACCCGCCUCCUUGCCACACAAGGCACCCCCUCCUUGCAUGCUUGUACAUACAGGAUGGGCUUUUCUGCAUGCAGGGUUACAGGGGAAGGGUUUUGCGGGGUUUUCUUCUUCAAGAGUUUGGGGGACUCUCCUGCUUCCUGGUUUUAGGUUCUUACGGGUAUAGGUUAUGCAUCCCAUUUGCCGUGGAAAUGCUUUUUGGGGGCGGGAAGGAAGCACCCCGCUUUCUGACGCCCCUCCUAGGGCUCAAAGGGCAAAUAUUUCUCACGUGCCCCUCCACGAAACCAGGAUCUGCCUGUUGCUGCUUUUGCCGCUCUCCUGGCAAAUUUGCUGUCAGUUGCAACCACUCUAAGGGGCGGAAAACCCAGGUGAUUGGUUUUUAAGAUCCUGUGGGUUCCACUACUCAUCUCCACUGGCAUUAGCCAGGUGCAAACUGGCAUAUUUUAGGAGGGAUUUGCAGGUGAGAAAGAGCCAGCCUUGGUCCACACAGGGCAGAAUUCCUGCAAGGGUCCAGGACUGAGCCCCUCUCUGCCGAUGCUGUUGGCCUGCAAUGCAGAUACUCUGCAAGACAUGCUCUUCCCCUGUUUGCUUCCUGCUUCUGGUGCUUUUCUUCUCAAAACUGGACAGUGCUUCAUCUCUUCCAAUCUCUAGAGGAACCCUUGCUUGCUACCGAGCUCACCUGGACCUUCUUUCCUAGCGCACCUGGCGUUUGCCUGCAGGCAAAGGCUUCACCCAGCGCUGCAUUUGUGGAUCUGCUCUAUUCUGCAAUAAAGCCCAGGGGCUUUCCUCGAAGGCUUUCUCGGCUUUGAACCCAGAACAGGCUAGUCUUCGAGGGCCUAGCAAUCACUCGAGCUGCUUCCUGCAGCCAGGACCCAACUCCCCAGCCCUCGUGACUUGGCAUCACCACUCCAACCCCUUUCUGAGAAGCUGGGUUGUUCCACCUCCGGGAACAAUUCUUUUUGUAACUCUAUAUACUGCAGCUUUAAAUCUGAGCCACCCCACGGACUGUUCAUCUCCUGGUAGCUUGCUGACAAAUGGAAGGAGGUGGCAGCCCUAGAAUCUCUGGCUCCUGAGUGCUCACUUCCCCUCUUCUCACAGCCGUCUGCUGCCUCCGCUCUAGGAACUGGUUUCCCCCAUGCACACAGGGGGAAAAGAAACUAUUUUUUUAUGGCACUAACAGAGAUGCACAAACACUACACUUUCCCUGCAGGGGAAAAGACUUCAAAUCUCAUCCUUUCAAGGUGGAGGGUGAUAAACUCUCAGCCUUCCCAAAUCCCACAUAACACUAUAUCUUUCCCCCAGUUUCCUGAGACGCAGGACUGGAAUUUUAACCACAGGCCCUGGCAGAGAAGCCUCGCCCUGUCCCACAGAACUGGCCCCAGAGCCACUCCCUCGUUCCUCCCCCCCCCACCAUAUCCUGCCUCCUUGUAGCUUGAAGAUUUUUAUAUGACUGGAGGUUUAGGAAUGGGGGUCUUGCUCCCCUCCCUGUGAGAAUGACUACUGAUUCAUUUCUGUGGGUUUUUGUUACUUUUUUAAAAAGAGAAGUUAUUUAUAUUGCAUUUUUUAAAAAACACACAACAGUAUUUUGCGUUGGGAUGAUUCCCCCCCUCCCCCCAUCCCCUUUGGAUCUGUUGUUUCAGACAGACUGCUGUGACAAAUUCUAGUAAGACGUUCUCGCCAUGAGUUGUAUUGUAUAAAGAUCCUGGAUUCUUCAUGUGAUGAGAUUUGGCUGUGGGUUUCUUUGGUUUGGUUGUUGUUUUCCCCCCUCCCUCCCCCCUUUUCAAAUGUGGUGUUUGAAUUUUGGGUGAAAAGUUUUAAAUAGUCAAAAUUCUAGUUUUAC